AUGGAGCGACAGAACAGCGCAAAGAGUCGGAAGUCAAAAACCCUGCGCUCCCUUUCACGCUCCCUCAUCCUCUGCAAUGGCAAGAACAGCGACGACGGAUCGAGCCCGGAGGAGAAGUACCCCAAUCCCUUCGAAACACAGGCCAACUGGGGUCAAGAGGAAAGCAACUACUGCCCUCGGCUUCAAUUAACGUGUGCAUCGUCAAGCGAGGACAGCCCUCCUGAUCCUUUUAUGAUCACCAGCAUGAUGCAACUGAGGGCUGCGGCCAGCGAUGGCUGCAAGAAUAUGAAGAGAAAGUUCUUCAUCAAGGUAGGAAGAGGGUCACACCUGACCACUGGAUGCUUGGUGUUCCCUAAGAUCUGGGUAAGAGUCACCCCCCCCCCCCGGUUGAAUAUGGGUUUUCUCCUGAUUAGAGGUUUGGGAGACAAACCCCAGAACCGUGUCCCUUUCCCAAGGCAGCAUGAAUUUCCGUGCCAAGGGUAUUACCCCCCCUACUGUGUGGCUUGCUCAUCCAAUGUGCUCUCCGUUCUGCAGCACAGCAGGCUCAUCCUACCAGGAAUACAGAGAGCAUUGCUAUGAUACAAAGCUGUCAUUACAGCGCACACAGCAGGGGUAAGCUGGGGUCUUAAAAGGCACCUCUCAUCAGCAAAAUUGUGGCUUAAAAGCUGUUAGUUGGAGGGGAAUGCUAGGAGACAGGUCUUCCGACUUGUGUUGCAAACGUUACGGGUGCCCCUUAGGGAUGGUGCAGUCACAUAUACAGUGGUACCUCAGGUUACAGAUGUUUCAGGUUACAGACGCUUCAGGUUACAGACUCCGCUAACCCAGAAAUAGUACCUUGGGUUAAGAACUUUGCUUCAGGAUGAGAACAGAAAUUGUGCGGCAGCAGCGGGAGGUCCCAUUAGCUAAAGUGGUGCUUCAGGUUAAGAACAGUUUCAGGUUAAGAAUGGACCUCCGGGACGAAUUAAAUUCUUAACCCGAGGUACCACUGUAUACAGAGAGAGCCCAAGCCAUAGGCUGGAGAGACAGGCAAUAAUCCUAAUGCAGUGGAAGGUAUCACUAUUCAUAUCUGUUUCUCUCGCCUACUGUCAUCCACUGGCAAAGGGGCUUUGCGGGAUUUUGAAGCGUGCACGGCUUGGAGUGGAGUGGAUAUAGGAAUAACUGCAUAGUUAGGGACAGCUCAGUUGGUAGAGCAUGAGACUCUUAAUCUCAGGGUUGUGGGUUUGAGUCCCACGUUGGACAAAAGAUUUCUGUAUCGCAGGGGGUCAGACUAGAUGAUCCUUGUGGUCCUUUCCAACUACGAAAUUCUAUGAUACUAGUACACAAUGGCUGACAUGCAAUAUUGCCUAGUAUUUUAAAAAAAGUAUGAGAUUUCACACUUUAAAUAUUGUCAUGUUAAUGUUGCAUAAAGAAAGGUCCAUAAGCGAGCUGCCAGAUUUCAAAACCAGUACCCACCACCAUCAAGAUACAACGGCAUAAAAGUGAGCUGUAGAACUCAGGAUGGGCGAUUCUGUCAAUUACAGUUUUACUUAAGUACAGAUUGGCACAAUUCCACAUCAGUUAGUGGGUGGUGUUUUUUUUUUAAGGUCUUCAUGAAAAUUAGACAGCGUUUUAGUGUGCAUCUUUCCUUCUAUAUGCAUUUUUGCAAAACCAAAUUGCCUAAGAUCAUGCAUAUUGUUCAUUAUAUUCACAAACUUAUGCAUCUUUAUGAUCUCCCUUAAUAUACGCAAUUUUGUACGUAUGUUUUGGUUGGAGAACUAUAUUUUCCUGUAAACCUCUUUGAGGUAUUUAUUGAGAAGUGGGAUAUAAACUUCUCAAAUAUAUAAGAAUAAUUAAGUACAUAGUAAAAUAUGAAGCAAUGUAAAUUUUGAAGAAUAGCUGCAUUUCAGUUUACAUAUUGUUUUGGGAAGUACAAAUAAGGCAGGUUUGCAUUAAAAUGCAAGCCGUUUCAAAAUUCUCUGCCUUCCUUGGCCAGAAGCAACAAAUAAAAGACUGUGGGCUUUACAUUUUCAAGCAAGCAGCAGGGACCAAAAAUAUCUACCCGUCUGCAAAAAGGGUGAAAGAAAACAAUACUCUUCAGGUCAAAUUCAUGUUAGCAGAACCAUUCAACAAGAAGAUAGGCAGGCAGAGAUAAUGGCAUCUAACAUCGCCUGUUUGCAGUACAAAACUGUAUAAAAAUGUUUUGAUAAGAGAUGAUAUAGGAAUGACUAUGAAGGAACAAAAGUUGGUGUGUAGUGCUAUUUAGUGUUUGAUGCUGGAAAGCUUGUGAGAAUUCAUACCUUUGAAAUAUGACUUGUCCAUAAAAGAAAUAAUAGAAUUGUCAAGUUGGAAGGGACCCUGAGGAUCAUCUAGUCCAACCCCCUGCAAAACAGGAAUAUGCAGCUGUCUCGUACAACCUUGGCAGUAUCAGCAUCACUCUCUAAGCAACUAAACUGAUCCAUUUAACACUGCAGAUUUUUUAUUUUUAUUUAAAGAGAAGCACCAAUAAAGUCAUCAUCACAAAAAAAGUGCAACUAAGCAGAAAGAAAUAAACUGCAGGUUUUUAAAAAGGAACAGUAACGUGUAAAAACUUUAUUAGAUCAGAGGCUGAAAUUCUCCUACAUAUCAGCAAUAACGUUUUUAGAACAAGGCUAGGCUCCUUCAGAGACUUUCCUGGGCCCAACUACCAACAGAAAGGGAACUAAAAUGAAACAAACUGCUUUGCUGCCAAAGGGCACGUCAGAAAUACUGAAAUGUGCAGUUAAGUAACAUCCCUAAAGACCCACAAGGAAUCACAAUACCACAAAAGCCAUCUUGGCUUUUUCUCCAAAUCAAGUAGACCUCGUUUGAGAGACAAAGUACUAACAAAAAAGCUCAACUUUAUCAAGGACCACAGCACAAACAUCCCACACUAUCUGCACACCUCCAAGUUUCCCAAUUUUCCCAGAACAGUCCCAGAAUUACAGAAGUCGUCCCAGUUUUUGGCUUGAUCCCAGAAUGUUCCAUUUGUCUGUUUAGGACGUCCCUAUUUUCGAUGGAGGAAUGUUGGAGGGGAUGUAUCUGCUAAGAUGCAGAUUCAAAGAUUGCAUGGGAUGGGGAAUGUCUUCUGAUUUGUAUGAAUACACCAGCACAUCUAUUUUUAGGCUAUCCAAAUGUUAUAGCUGGCCUCAUGAGAAGCAUCAGUUCUUACCUUAAAUACCGUUCCAAAUCUUCCAAACCAGGACAGCUGCAUUUGGAAGCUCUGCAUAGCCACGGGUACCGAUGGGCUGGGAAUUCAAGUCUCCAGGACUCCCAACUGCUCUGCUUUUGGAAAAGAAUUCACAGUUAGCCACGUGAUUGACGGAGGAGCUGCCCAGAGGUACUUCACAUCUUCGCUUAAAGAUGAUGAAUAUGAAUGUAUUUGAUUACUCAUAUUUCUAAUUUACCUCUUCUAACCAAGGCUCAAAAUAGGCAAAGGACAUUAGCAUAAUAUCACAAUCCACAAUUCUGGACUGAAUAAAUUCUAUUAUUGGAAUUAAUUAUGCAUGCAUGUAUGUAUCUAUUUGCAUGAUUCAUCACAGUGCACAGGCUGUGUGGAGGUUUGCAAACACUGAUACUCAGAAAUUGGAACAUUGGUGAACAUUGCAUGACAUCACAGCAGCUCAGCCAGAGCAGUAUUUUAAUAACACAACACAUUAAGUGCUCUCACUUACAGGUUGUGUUGUUAUGCCCCAUUCCAGCAUCACCUGGUUGUGGUGGGGGGUGAGGGGGCGUUGUUUGGUAAGGGGCAAAUGAACCUCUGUGCAGUCUCCAAAUCUCUUAAGUUACCUGAGCUUCAGGGAACGAAGCAGACACAGGGAAGUGAUUCCAGUUCCAAAUAAAUACAGUGCUGUGGGUUAAACCACAGAGCCUAGGACUUGCCAAUCAGAAGGUCGGCGGUUCAAAUCCCUGUGACGGGGUGAGCUCCCAUUGCUUGGUCCCUGCUCCUGCCAACCCAGCAGUUCAAAAGCACGUCAAAGUGCAAGUAGAUAAAUAGGUACCACUCUGGCGGGAAGGUAAGCAGUGUUUCCGUGUGCUGCUCUGGUUCUCCAGAAGCGGCUUAGUCAUGCUGGCCACAUGACCCGGAAGCUGUACGCCGGCUCCUUUGGCCAAUAAAGCAAAAUGAGCGCCGCAACCGCAGAGUCGGCCACGACUGGACCUAAUGGUCAGGGGUCCCUUUACCUUUACCUUGGUUCUCGAAUGGCUUAGUUGUCGAACAAAUCGGCUCCCGAGCGCUGCAAACCCGGAAGUGAGUGUUCCUAUUUGCAAAUGUUUUUCCUGGAAGCCGAACGUCCGAUGUGACUUCUGCUUGAGCGCAGGAAGCUCCUGCAGCCAAUCGAAAGCCGCGCCUUGCUUUUCGAAUGGUUUCGGGAGUCGGACAGACUCCCAGAACAGAUUAAGUUCGAGAACCAAGGUACCACUUUAUUUUCUAACAUAAAUUAUAGUGUGUAUCUGAUGCUGUUUUUAAAGGGAUGGCCGUCUAAGCCCUGGCGACGAACUUCUCACUGUCAAUGGACAAUCUCUUAAGGAGCUCUCCAGCAAAGAAGCGGAAUCGCUCAUCCGGUCGGCAAAAGGCUUGGUAAACUUAGUCAUUGCUAACAAGGUACGUGGGAGAGACCUCCUGGUAGGAGGACCACAGGUCUGCAAGUGUGUGUGGGGGGGAGACUUUGGCAAGAUGCCCUGCAUGACCUCCUUCCUCUUUUCUUUUUUUGUCUCUGCCCACUUGCUCCUUCAGCCAAAGGGGAGGCAAGUAGCACUUGUUAUUCCUUUUUUUUUCCAGAGGGGAAAAAGCAGGCCAGUGCCUAGCAAUAGCCAUAGGAGCACCGAGUGAUCUCUAGUGAUUACUGGUGUGGGGUCAUUUCCUAAUAAGAGGCCCUGAUAUGUCCUCCUGGAAGGACUCUGAUGGCACGAACAUAAAGUCACACAUUCGCAUAGCAAAUAAUUUCAAAGUUUCCAGGAACAGUAGCUUUCAGUCUUCAAAGGUCUGGGUGUAAACCAGAAUGUUUUGGUUUUUUUUUUAAAAAAAUUCCUCCUGGAAGUCAGUUAUGAUGGAGACAGACACACUUCACCAGGUAGGCCAUUCCCCAAAGAGGGGAGCCACCACUUACAAGGCCCUGUUGCAAGUCUCUGCUGUGAAUGUAAGAGGAAAUUCAUCAGAUGGCAGCAUCAGCCACAAGGCAGUGCUAUGCGUGGCAGGGAACAACUGGACAGCAUCACAAACAGGACCCAAGGUGGUUGGUAUUAGGGAAGGUGUGGCCUGUGAGUUAAACCACAGAGCCUAGGACUUGCCGAUCAGAAGGUCGGUGGUUCGAAUCCCCGUAACGGGGUGAGCUCCCAUUGCACGGUCCCUGCUCUUGCCAACCUAGCAGUUUGAAAGCAUGUCAAAGUGCAAGUAGAUAAAUAGGUACCACUCCGACGGGAAGGUAAACGGCGUUUCCGUGCGCUGCUCUGGUUCACCAGAAGCAGCUUAGUCAUGCUGGCCACAUGACCCGGAAGCUGUACGCCGGCUCCCUCAGCCAAUAAAGCGAGAUGAGUGCCACAACCCCAGAGUCGUCCGCGACUGGAGCUAACGGUCAGGGGUCCCUUUACCUUACCUUUACACAUAUUCAACCCCCACCACUGUGCCUUUAAUACCUGCAUGGAAGAUAGAAAUUAAAGAGGCGUGCUUUUCCUCUCCAUGGCAUGGCCACACUGGGGGGGAAAUAUCUUCUCUUGAAUUUCUGCCUGUCCCAGAGCUCUUAGUGGCACAGCUGCCACACUAACAAAAAGUAACCAUCGAGAACACUGCAGGAAAGAAAGGUGAUUAUCAGUCUGGAUAGCUCAGUUGAUUAGAUCAUGGUGCUGAUAACACCAAGGUUGCAACUUUGAUCCCCGUAUGGGACAGCUCUGUCUUCCUGCAUUGCAGGGGGUUGGACUAGAUGAUCCUCAGGGUCCCUUCCACCUCUACAGUUCUAGGAUUCUGUGCUUUUCUACAUUAAUCUCAUCCCCCCAAAGUGUUCAAAAAGGGGAAGAUACCCAGCAACGGCGUUUGAGUAACUUAACAAAAGCGCCCUCUGCUGUGGGGAAAAGGGAAGUCGCCAUUCAACAUUAAAUCUUGAUGGCAGGUUGCGAUGGGAUUUUCUGAAAAUCCAGAUGUUGAAAACAGGAGCAAGUAUUCCCAAGGGCAUUCCUGGCAGUGGGUGGGUGGGGUGGGAUACUUGGCUGCCCUAACAGCAAUGUCUAUCAAUGUGGGGUUUGUGGAAUUCAAGCAAGCAUUCAGCACUGCCAGUCAGUGUACAUAAUGCUUGGCUAUAUAGACUUAAUGGUAUAAGGCAGCUUCCUACCUUCCUAUCUUCAUACUGAAAAGCGCCACCCUUCUCCUGUUUCUGGCCUGCCACAUGGCUGUUAAAACUAAGCUUGCUCUGAGCUGUUAGUCAAAGAUUCGUUAACCCUAAUUAAAAAUUAUGUAACAUAUAGGGGACUCAUCAUCCAAGUCUGCUAAAGUUUUCAAGAAUCUCUUGCAUGGGUAUGACAAAUGGCUCUGCCAUUUUGGUGAGGGGUAUUAUUGGUGUUGCACGCCAAGACAGGAGAGAGCUCCAGCGUAUUCAGGCAAGCUCAGAGUAAACAUUGCCCCCUAAAAGAUUAAGCUAGUCUUUUUCUCCCCACUCCAGGAAUCCUCAGUUUGUUCUCGCAAAGAACAGCCUGUUAAACAGGACGUACACAACGGCUCCAUUCUACAGACAAAAGCAAAAUGUCAGAGGACUCGCAGCAAUUCAGCCAGUAAGUUCUAGCGGCAAUUUAUAUUUUAACACUUAAUGUUGUUAUUUCCUCCUCCUCCCCACAUCCAUUUUCCUUUCGUAUCGUGCCUUCUUAGAUUAUAGGCUCUCUUUUUUAAGUGAUUGACAAACCUCUCUGGGAGCCUUCUUUAGCUGAAGAUCAGCAUUUUUAAAUCUAUCUGAAUUUAAAGAACUAUAUAGCACUUUAGGAUAUUGAAAGCAAUCCACGUAUGUUAUCUUGGUAAUCCUGGCAAACAACACCCUAAGGCAGGGCAGAAUAAUUGUUGCCUUGUUGAACUGGGUGGUUGUUUUUAAAACUGCAUAAGUACAUCAGCCGGAGAUGUAUUUUUUUGGACUUCUGGGGAGGCGCCUCCGGUAAUGGCGGAAUUUCUCUGACCGGGAGGAAUCUGCUCCGUGGAAAUCUGGGUCUGGCCGCCACGGCGAAGGCGGAGACCCAUUAAAAUCACAGGCGGGAGAAGCCUGUGAACGUGGGAUUUGGCGGGCACCUUUUGCGCCUCCCCCACUCGCGGGGAACCCCGAUUUUGGGGCUCCGGAGCGACGUGGGGUGAGCGGCGCGGUGCAUCGAAUCGUCUGCUUCUUCCACGGAGCGAAGCCGCAUAGCUGUUGCCGGAGAGCGCUGACCUUUUCCUGUGGACAAUUUGACUUUAAAGUAUUUACCCAUGAGUAGAGCUGAAGCGGAAGAAUUGGAUUUCUAAAAGUUUAAUUUGGUAUCGUAACGGGGAGGUUCAAAACAGGAAGUACGCCUUCCCCUUUUGUAAAUAGACUGAGGCAAUGAAGUUGCAAGCUGGAGUCCUGGAAGGUCUUUUGUAAAAGAACAAAUUUCCAACGGUAAAGAACAUUAAACCUCCUCUUGGCGGCAGGAGAAGAGAGGGGGAAGUUGCGGAUUGAGUAUGCCUGCGGGAAAGAGCGAAGAGACUUAAAACACCGCCGCUCUGACCCUGGAAAUGGGCUGCUAGUAGGACUGACGUCUUUUGGAAUGUUCAUUGACAGCGCUUAGAACGUUCAUUGACAGUUAAACAAGAGAAAUACAUUGUUUCUACUGUCUCCGGCUGCUUUAAAAAGGAGUAAAAGUAACUGAAAAUUGAAACUAAUUUGAAACUAACUUUGGAUUGUUUAAAAGAGGAUACUAUUGACUAUUACAAAUAGAAACUGUUUCCCCCUAGUGGAAGCCUUUGAAACUGGUUGCUUUACAAGAGUUGGACUAGGGGAAUUUCCAGCUGCAAGUUAAAAACCGUGAGACUCUGGGACUGACCUUGAAUCUUUCAAAUGUUAUGGUAAAUGGAAGAGGAAAAACAGAUCAGUCAACUGCUGACAAAACAUUAAGGUCUGGGAGGACUUGGUAACAAUCCAGGAGAGGUCUAUCAUUAGGCCCUCCUGUUCUUUUUGUUGCUGUCUUUAUAAUAGUAUAUUUGAAACCAAGAGGAAUGUCGACAGAAGAGGCUUUGGUGGCUGCAUUAUAUAAGAUAAAUGACUCAUUGGAUCAGGGGCUCCUCCUCCUCCAACAUGGCGACGAAGGUAGUUACCAAGUAAUUUCGUUUACCCUCAUCAAAGUUUUACGUGGUUUUAAGCGGUUUUAUCCUCCUUUGUUUUUAUCCGAGAGUUUUAAUGAUCUGCUGGCUGUGCUGGCUGUCUUUUAAUAUCGCUCCACUUGUGUUAUUUUGUUUUAUCUGGGUUGUUCCGACCCCCCCGGAUUCGCCGCCACGGCUGCCGCCGCCUCCCUAACUGGGAGAGAUAAGUGAAAAGUUUUCCUGGGCAUAAAUCCUCUGCCCUGUCAACCAGCUAUUUCCUUUUAGCUUACUGCAUAUUGCGAAGUGAAGUUUGCCCGACUGCUGGAACCGGGCUGUUCCAAAAUCCUAGGAACAAGGAAGAGGGGAAGGAAGAGGCUUGAACUGGCUGCCUUACUGUGAGUAAUUUUACAGCACCACUCUCCUGGAAGUGGUAGUAUUCCUGUGAGGAAGACUAAAGGAUUUAAGGAGCUCCCCAGCACAGUGCUCACGACGGUUCCCCUGCAAAAUUGAUUUAUGGGCCAUGGAAAACGCCCAAGAGACCCUGACGAGGCAUUAUCCUCUCCGAGGCCUAAGCAAUCAAGGAAGGGUUUACCUAAAGGUGGGAGAGGCCCCGAGGAAUGUAUCUACUCAAUAGCAAUUCAAAAUCGUUUCGAUCCUCUAACGGCCCUUGAAACAACAUCAAAAGAUGAGGCCCCUGAGACGCUACAAAUUGGAAAAGCCAAUGGUAACACAAAUGGGGAUGGUCCCUAUCCGAAGGAGGUGUUGGUGGACGAAUCUGCGGACUGCACAGGUUGUGAGCAACUCCAUCUAAUAAUUAGAACUCUAAACUGUAUAUUUAAGAGAAUUGAUGGCCUAUCCUCUCAGCUGCACAGCCUUCAGCAAAAACUGGAUGACCAGCCGGUUCAGACAGCCCAAGAUGGGGCAGUAGAUGUUCCAUUGUGCCGGCAGAAAGCGCCACCAAACACUGAUCGUAUGAAGAACUGCAAAUAUAAUCUCAACCCCUCACUGAAUCGCCAAUCCCUGACUCUACAGCCAAGGAAGAUUUCCCUAACCUUCCGGGAAAGGGACCCAAGUUGGGCAACGCUACAUGGGACUAAAGAGCACCUCAGAUGGCUUCUAAAACUUGAGACAUCACAAAUAGAUCUUUGUGCUGUGCUUCCCUUAAUCCAACAGAACAGAUAUCAGAGAAUGAUGCUGGCUUUCCACUCUGCAAAAAUCCCCUCUCUUAUUAUUAAGCAAAAAGUGUUUUUGAAUAGUCUUGGCAUUUUUCCAACGAGAGUCUUCAUGGAUUCCAUAAUUAGACCCCUCCUAUCGGAGGGAUUAAUCAAGGAGACGGUACAACCCUCCCAUCCUGAACCACAAAAGAGGGCUGAGCUGUACACCCCAUGUCUGGGCCAGUCCCAAAAUGCCUCCACUCCUACAACUAAACACUACGAUUGUGCCAGUAACUCUCUGACACCCCAGGAGGAAAGAGAGCUUAUCGCCUCCUUUGGUGAGUUACCUGCGAUGGAACAACAAGAAAUUAUAAAUAGGCUAGACUUACUUAAACUUCAGCUCCUAAGUAUUGCCUGCAAUGGAGUUUCUACGAGUAAUACCCACUCUAAUUUAGCGGUGCCAUACCCCAUGGAGGUGGAAACAGCAAUUCCCCAAUACCCAGCAUAUAAGGUGCCUUCUGCAUUGGAUGGGAAGGUCUCACUGCUGGAGGCAGACUCUUCUCCUCCCCUUCACGUUGGUAACUCAUCCCUGCUUCUAAUAGACUUAUCUGUCCCCUCCGUGAUUAACCGAUCAAAGAAUGGAACUCAGGAUAACACCCCCCUGGAUAAAUCGUUGUCCCUUCAUUCCUCCAUGCCGGACUUGGAAUCAACAUACAUCGAAGACCAUCCACGACCUGAGACGGCAGUGGCCAUUCCAAGUCAGGCUUCUCCAGCGCACUCUUGCCCACCAAAAAUCCAACAAUUACGUGAGGAAGACACUACAGUGUCGAGAGUCACCACAGAGUGGAUUGAAGACCCAGCAGGACAUAUAAAUCAAAGGAUCACAAGUGUAUCGGUUAGAUCCCCAAAGAGGACGGCUCCAGCGGACUUGGCAGGAGCCUCUUCAGAGCCUAGUUGGGCCCGACAGCUAAAAAUGCCAAAUAUUAUUCCUACCCACCAGGAUGCUAACUCUCUUCUGCCUCCCAAAAAUUCUGGCCCUCGUGAGUCGAUCGUGCCACAACCGGCUCGCAUUAGAGCAAAAGACUCCCCACAACCGGUGUGCACCAGAGCAAAAGACUCACCACACCAGGACGACAACUUUCAGCAAAGGAAAAUAACGGACUUCUUUAAGGGAGCGUCCUGGUCGCAUAAGAACCCCCCACAAGAAUUUAAAUGACGGUUAGCCGGACAAUCCAGAAAACCACCAAUAUCGAUCCUCUGUUGGAACAUAGCUGGCUGGCGUAGGAAAAAAUGUGACCCAGAAUUCCAGUCGUAUAUCAACUCGUUUCAUAUCAUUCUAUUGCAAGAAACUUGGGAGGAGGGUGAAAUUGUCAUAAACGGAUUCGACCUAUUAUCCCUUCCAGCUUAUCCCUCCCAGAAAGGAGGACGGCCGAAAGGUGGUCUAGUAAUUGGUAUCUCACUGAAGCUGCAUUUCAAAUUUUCACUAGUUUUGACUGCUCCCCUUAUGCUUUAUCCGGGUUGAUGUCGGGGGAAAAGUAUCACUGCUAAUCUCUAAUGUCUACCUCCCGCCAGAGGGUUCGUCCCUUGAACUGCAUGAUAGAUGGGAAAUAUUAGAAGAUCAUUUAGUAUCAUGCCGAGUCAAAUAUGCCAAUAGCCAAUCCUUAAUUGGUGGUGACUUCAACGCACGUAUAGCAGCAAAUUGGGCUGAUUUAACUAAAGCUAAAUGGUGGACUGCUCCAUGCCUUGACAAUUAUGAUUUGAGACAUGCCUUAGGGAGAGCCUCAAAAGACUCCAAAGUAAACGAGGCUGGAGUACUUCUUUACCAGAUGGCUAUUCGCUUAAACUUAGAACCCCUGAAUGGCUGCUGCCCUCCUGAUAUACCGGGGGAGUAUACCCACCUAGGCAUAAAAUCAAACAGUGUGCUAGAUUACCUUUUAGCCUCGAGUGACCUGAUUUCGAAAGCUCUCUCUUUUAAGAUUGACAAUAUUCACUAUAGUGAUCACCUUCCACUUGCUGCUACGUUUGACCUAGACUGGCACGGGGACGAGCACGGUCAUCCAACUCAAUUAGAUACUAAUGCAGAAAACCAGGUAGAGGGUAUUAAUACGGCAUUACGAGUGAAGGGUAUAAAGUGGUCUGUAACGCAGGCUCAAAAAUAUUCUGAAUUUUUUCAGCAGGAGAUCAUACAAACCUAUUCAGCCCUUGGCAUAACUUCAUAUGAUCACGACCAAACUAUUAAUCUAUUUGCCAAUCUGUUGAAUGACCUCACGUCAUUCUUUUCUGUCCCAACCCACCAGGCAAAUUGGGCCCACCCCAAGACAGGUGCACCGUGGUUUAACCGUAAUUGCAAACAAGCCAAACAACAUCUUUGUGCUAUUUAUAAUGAUUACAAAUCCUCAGGGGCGAUUACGCUUCCCAAGGAGUACUAUCAGGCAAAAUCAGCUUACAAAUAUGUGCAGAAAAAGGCCAAACAGGAAUGGCAAUUGAACCGCUGGCAAGCACUUAUAGCUGCCUCAAGUACUCGUAAUUCCGAAAAUUCUGGCUGUUGGUUAACAGAAAAUCUAAAAGAUACCCCUUAACAGUUAUUCCUGCCCCAAUUUGGGAAUCCUUUCUAAGGAAUUAUUUUGCCUUACCAGACCUUAAUAUUAAUACAAUCGAUGGAGUCUAUGAGCAGCUCCCUCUUUGGCCACCCACUGACCCGGAAGAAAUCCACGGACUUAUUUCUAAUCUUAAAAUCGGAAAAGCCCCGGUCCUGAUCUAGUCCCGGCAGAAGCUAUAAAGCUUCAUGCUGACUGGUGGGCGAAAAUCUUGGCCGCUACCUUUGAUGCUGUAAACAACAGUGGGAAGGUACCAAGAAUAUGGAAGGAUGCGAUUAUUGUUCCAAUUCAUUAAAAAGGCUCGACAGAUGACCCGGGAAAUUACAGGAAUAUCAGUUUAUUGUCAUUAAUCGGGAAAAUAUAUGCACGGUUCUUGUUAACUAAGCUUACUAAGUGGGCCGAAGAGAACAACCUGAUUGGGCCUGAACAGGCUGGUUUUAGACCGAAUCAGUCAGCGGUUGAUCAGAUCUCAGUUUUAUACCACCUUGCCCGGAAAUACUCCUCCCCAAAUAGAGGCCAACUUUGUGCGGCCUUUAUUGAUUUAAAGGCCGCUUUUGACAGCAUCCCCAGAGGAUUGCUUUGGGGAAAACUAGCCCGAUGGGGAAUAGAUAAAAGACUUUUGUGGCUAAUAACUAAACUGCAUGACGGAUCGGCCGCUAGGGUGAGAAUCUCUCCGGCAGGCGACCUCUCAAACUCAGUAACUAUCAAUAGAGGUGUUCGCCAAGGAUGUAUCCUUGCUCCGACCCUUUUCAAUCUAUUUAUAAGUGAUAUGAGGGCGCCUCUGAUAGAGGCUCAAGAAACGAUCCACGCCCCCCGUCUUGCCCAAUAUCGUUGCCCCCUUCUACUCUACGCAGACGACGCAGUGAUCCUAUCCUUUUCAAGAGUCGGCCUUAGGAGGGCAUUAAAAAUUUUCGAUGUUUACUGUACUCAUUGGAUCAGCUUCACAGGAAAAUGGACAUGAUAAAUGCGAAAGUGGACGUUUCGGUUGCUGAGGUUGACUUGAAUGCAGGGAAUAUGGAUAAUACCAAUACAGAAACCACCCAGAAAUUGAUACAAGAACCUAUUUUGAUAUGGCAAGCUGUGGAGGAAGUCAGGGAAAAAGCUGUUGCUGCUGAAGGUAAAGUAACACAACUGGAGAGAAAGAGAAAGAGAACCCCAGCCCUACAGAGGCAAUUUGAUGAACAUAAGUUGACGCUCGCUAUGACUGAACUUAAGGAAAAACAGACGAAUUUGAGGAUUAGAGUUCACCUUUGGUGGACAUGCCCAAGGAUUAAGACACUCUGGGAGAUGAUUCAUAACGAAAUGAAAAAGGUAUUUAAAUAUACCCUUUUGAAGAAACCAGAGGCCUUUCUCCUGGGCAUGGUCGGCCAAUUGAUGUUAAAGAAGGAUAGAAUUUGUUUCAUGUAUGCAACAAUAGCAGCAAGAAUACUCAUUGUGAAGUACUGGAAGACACAAGAUUUAUCCAUUCGGGAAGAAUGGCAGAUGAAGUUGAUGGACUAUAUGGAAUUGGCGGAAACGACUGGCAGAAAUCCGAGACCAGGGAGAAGAGCUGGUGGAAGAAGACUGGGAAAAGUUUAAGACUAUUUAUAGAAAUACUGUAAAAAUAAUGAAUGUUAGAAAAAUGUUGGAAUGAAGUUAUAUGGCUUUAGUAGAAAUGCUAUAAGGAAUCAAGUAUAAAUAGAUUAAUAGUGUAUUAAAGGGAAAAUAAGGCUAGAAUAUGUUAAGAUAAUUAUAGGAUAGAAAACAGAGGAAGAUGGAAAGGAAUUGCUGAAAUAAUUAAUAGAAGUGGAAAACAGAAAGGGAGGUGUGAGGAGGUCGUGGAAAUAAGGGAAUGAAAGAUAAGACAUUGAAAUUGUUCUGUGUUUGAAAUGGUUUGUGUUAUGCUUUGUUAGUUUUAUGUUUUCCUUUUUUCUUUUCUUUUUCUUUUUUCUUUUUCUUUUGUCUUUCUGUUUUGUUGUGUUCUAAUGGUUGAAAAUUAAUAAAUAUUAAUUAUUAUUUUUUAAAAAGGAGAUGUAUGUUAUGAGGCAACAAGCAACCUGAAAAAUAAUAACAAUAAUAAUAAUAAUAGACGUUGCCAUGGUGAUAUUGCAGAUGGGUGUGCGGGGAGGAAGGACUGAGGCUGAAGAUGCCCGUGGUGGGCAAGGCCAGAGUCCAUAGUGGGUGGAGCAAUUAAGGGAAAUUUUAACUUUGUACAGUAGGCUAGCUUCUACACACACACACACACACCCCUCCACAGGUGCUGGGUGGCACCCAAGAUUGGGAUGGUGGUGCGCAUUGCAUGUGUUAUGUCACACACACACCUUCCAAUGCUGUGUAGCCUUUUGCUAGGCCGCACUGGUCUCCAUGGUGUCAGGAGAUGCUGUGGAGACUGUCACAGCCUGGCAUGAGGCCUAGCGGAAGGCUACACCAGCCAGCUUGGUGUCAGGAGUAGCUGGUGCGCAGGCCAGUGUGACUUUGCAGCAGGCCAUGCCAGUCCUCACAGCAUAAUAAUAAUAAUUUAUUAUUUAUACCCCGCCCAUCUGGCUGAGUCUCCCCAGCCACUCUGGGCAGCUCCCAAUCAAAUGUCAAAAACAGUACAGCAUUAAAUAUUAAAAACUUCCCUGAAUAGGGCUGCCUUCAGAUGUCUUUUAAAGAUAGGAUAACUGCUUAUUUCCUUCACAUCUGAAGGGAGGGUGUUCCACAGGGUGGGCGCCACUACCGAGAAGGCCCUCUGUCUGGUUCCCUGUAACCUCACUUGAGGCAAUGAGGGAACCGCCAGAAGGCCCUCAGAGCUGGAUCUCAGUGUCCGGACUGGAUGAUGGGGGUGGAGAUGCUCCUUCAGGUAUACAGAACCAAGGCAUCUCCCAACAUUGCACAGGCCGGCACAACCUUCUAUUGAUGCUGCGCCGUGCUCAGCUCCGCAGUUCGGCCUCCUCUGCCCCCUCAAUAUUCGGGGGCCUGAGCCCCCCACUAAGGAAUAUUGAGGGAGCUGCACACCUCUCCAUCCUCCAUAUCUGCCUUGAAAAAGUCGAUCUGGAAACGCUUGCAGUGCUGCAAUUUCUCUCUUAUCUUGUGGUCCUUGUGAUGCACUCCUGAUUGUCUCAUACCUUCUCCCUUCUCUUGUGUGUUAUUGUUAACAGGUGUGAGUCCAUACUGGAUAGGGGAAAUUGACAGCCCCAUGGCAAAGAAAUCAGCCUCCCGAUACAGACAGUCCCAUUCUCUUUACAGCAACAGGAAGUCUCUCUCUCAGCAGCUGGACACCUCAGCAGGAAGAGCCUCUGUAAACGUAAGAGGAAAUCCAUCAGAUGGCAGCAGCAACAAGGCAGAGCUAUGCUUAGCAGGGAACAGCUGAUAUACAGCUUUAAGGCUACUAAUUUCCCUCCUGUCAAGGGAACAGUCACCUAUUUUCCAUCACGGCUACAAGAGCAUAGGGCUGUUGCUCCCAAACUGUGUGUGCCAGGGCAUUAGUUUAUUAACUGCCGUAUUUUUCGCCCUAUAGGACGCACCGGCCCAUAGGACGCACCUAGUUUUUUUGGGGGGAAAUCAAGGGGGAAAUUUUUAUUCCCCCCCCCCCCAGGUUUGCACAGCCAUCCCCAAGCUACAAGAGGGAGAUGGAGUGCUCCGUCUCCCUCUUCUGCCUUCAGGGACAGCCUCUCUAGCCUCCGUGGGGCAGCGGCUUGCCCCGCUUUCCCCCAGCUUAUGGGGCUGGCGAUGGGGAGAAGCAAGCUUGCUUCUCCCCCCCCCGCCAGCCUCCAGACCAGGUCGGGGAAUAGUGGGGUGGCGGCGCUGCGCCUCCCCUCUGUCCCCCGAGCUUGUGGGCUGCAGGCUGCCGCCCGCAAGCCUUGUGAGCCCGCGGGACCUCCCGCCGGGCUUGCAAGGCUUGUGGAUAGCUUCCUGAAGCCUGGAGAGCAAGUGGGGUCGGUGCGCACCGACCCCUCUCGCUCUCCAGGCUUCAGCGAAAGCCUGCAUUUGCUCCAUAGGACGCACACACAUUUCCCCUUCAUUUUUGGAGGGGAAAAAGUGCGUCCUAUAGAGCGAAAAAUACGGUAAUAAAAGGGAUGCGGGUGGCGCUGUGGCCUAAACCACUGAGCCUCUUGAGCUUGCCGAUCAGAAGGUCGGCAGUUCGAAUCCCCGUGACAGACUGAGUUCCUGUUGCUCUGUCCCAGCUCCUUCCAACCUAGCAGUUCCUUUUUCUUUCUUUUUAAAUAAUUUUUUAUUAAGUUUUUAAACAAACAAAAAAGAAAAACAACACACACAAAAAACAAUACAAAGCUUAAACAAUAUAAACACAAAACAAUUAAUAACGAACUCUCUUUUCCAUUACCAAUUUUAAAUUACUUAUUUUCUGGACUUCCUCAUACCUCCCUCUUUUGUAUUCCAAUCCACAUUUAUUUAUCCAGCCGUUUCUUUACAAUUUUUUAAACCCAAUCUUAAAAUUAAUAAAAUGUUAAAAUAUAUAACUUCAACUCUUUUAAACCUAAUCCUUGAUCUUAAUAUCCUGUAACUUUAAAGUUUUUCCUUUUAAAAUCAAAUUUCCAUUUCUUUAAACUUCUUUAAUCUUAAUCUUUAAUCUUAAUCUAUCCUUAACUUUAACCUAUGCAGCUGGAAACCACUUAUUUUCAGUCCAACAUCACUCUAACAUUCCUUAAUUUUGCAGUGUUUCUGAAGAUAGUCUUUGAAUUUCAAAGACCAACCUAGCAGUUCCAAAACAUGCCAGUGCAAGUAGAUAAAUAGGUACCGCUGUGGCGGGAAGGUAAAUGGCGUUUCCAUGCAUUCUGGCUUCUGUCACAGUGUCCCGUUGCACCAAAAGCAGUUUAGUCAUGCUGGCCACAUGACCCAGAAAGCUGUCUGUGGACAAAUGCCGGCUCCCUCAGCCUGAAAGCGAGAUGAGUGCACAACCUCAUAGUCGACUUUGACUGGACUUAACCGUCCAGGCGUCCUUUACCUUACCUUUACUUUAUUAACUACCGUAUUUUUUGCUCUAUAAGACUCACUUUUUCCCUCCUAAAAAGUAAGGGGAAAUGUGUGUGCGUCUUAUGGAGCGAAUGCAGGCUGCGCAGCUAUCCCAGAAGCCAGAACAGCAAGAGGGAUUGCUGCUUUCACUGCGCAGCGAUCCCUCUUGCUGUUCUGGCUUCUGAGAUUCAGAAUUUUUUUUUCUUGUUUUCCUCCUCCAAAAACUAGGUGCGUCUUGUGGUCUGGUGCGUCUUAUAGAGUGAAAAAUACGGUAAUUAAUGUCUCCAAUGAACCCAAAGCCAUCCAUACAUGGAGGAGGCUGCCCACAGCAUCUCUAAGCAUCCAGGCAUUAUCUUCUAAGUCUGGCUGUAACUCGGUAGUAGAGCAUAUGCAUCGUGGUGCAUAAGGUUUCCAGUUCAAGCCACACUAGGUAGCAUGAGGAAAGACUCUCUUGGUAGGAGUAGGGGAAUUUAAUGUUGUGGCCUCCAGAUGUUCUCGAAUUAUAACUCCUAUCAGCUCCAGCCUGAGUGACUAAUUGUCAGUAGUGUUAGAAGCAGUGUUAGAAACUCAAAUAACUAAUCUAGGCACCAAAUGACCCCCUUAAACCAGGGUUACAGUUGCCAAAACGGAAUGCCUAAUUGCCAUUUCGGGGCCAGGCAGCUCAAAAAUUGCAUUUCCCAACAAGCCUUUUUGGCUUCUGAAAUUUGUUCCGAUUGUGCGGAGCGGGCGCCACUACCGAGAAGGCCCUCUGCCUGGUUCCCCGUAACCUCACUUCUCACAGUGAGGGAACUGCCAGAAGGCCCUCAGAGCUGGACCUCAGUGUUCCUACUGUUUCAGAAAGUGUGAAUUGAGUAGGUUCCCUUUAAAAUUCAAACUAAACCCUAUUUGUAUCCUACCCCUAGUCAUAACAUCCAUGGUCUCCUGUCCUUUCAAGUGGCAUUGACCUGUUGCUUUUCGUUGAAUAUGCAGCCCCUUUCCAGGUCUUCGCGGUCUCUGAGUACAGCCCAGCUGAUGCAUGCGACGUGUGGUCUUCAAGCCUCUGUAAUCUCCAAUAUUGUUUUAAUGAAAGGCCAAGGGAAGGUGAGAUGCUAAUUUUAAUCAUGUGUCUCCUCUGCUUGGGCAGGAAUGGUUUCAGAGGGGCUGCUAAGCAAUACUGCUUAGACUUAGGAGGGAUGUAGGAAGGCAUCAUUAACCAUUCUCAAACUCCCAUCAGCCCCAUUCAGCAAGGCCAACACAUUUUUCAGUAAGACUGGAAUUGUAUUCUCAGUUAUCUCAGAGUAAUUACACUGAACUCAGUGGAACUCAUGGCAUAUCUGUGAAACUGUAGGUUUUGUCUAUCAGUUCAUAAGUUCUCUCCCAUCUGUAUUUUUGAGGGUUGGGUGGGAUAGCAUUGCCAUAAGGAAUUUCCCAGACAUAGCUGGGAUCUGGUAAAAUCUGGAUAUAUGGUAACCCAUGUUGGAAGUGCAGAUUUUGGCGGAUUUCCAUAUAUAUAUAUAUAUAUAUAUAUAUAUAUAUAUAUAUAUAUAUAUAUAUAUAUAUAAUUUUUAUUGAAUGAUUUUAUGUUACAAAAAACAAUACAGCCAUACUACCACUAAAUAUAAUUAAGAAAUAAAAAUUACAUACAUCGAUAUUUAGUUUGUUAUUUGUUAUUUACCGUCUUAUUUCCUCCCAAACAUUGCAUACAACAACACACAUAUGUGCAGACACCCGGAUUUCCAUAAAAAUAGCUGGAAAACUUCGAUUUUUGAGCUCAAAACUUUAACUUUUGAGCAAAGCUAAAGAAAGCUCAAGAACUUUGGCCAAAAUAUAAAAUAAAACUUAGCUGGGCAAAGCUAAAGAAAGCUCAAGAACUUUGGCCAAAAUAUAAAAUAAAAUAAUGGCAAGACCUUUGUAAUGUGCAGCAUUUACAUUUAAUUGGGAAAGCCUUUUUAAAACCGCUUCAUCAACUAAACAUGUUCCCCAUGCAUCCUCCCCUUAGGGCCUUGGUUUCAGCAUUGUGGGUGGCAAAGACAGUAUUUAUGGCCCCAUUGGCAUAUAUGUGAAGACUAUCUUUCCUGGAGGAGCUGCCGCUGCAGAUGGAAGGCUGCAAGAAGGUGGGAGAACUUUGCUUCUGUAUAUGUAGACCGGCCUUUUCUUUUUAUAACAAGUGGGUAACUGUGAAACAGAAUAAAUGCAUUGCAUCUUCUUUGCAGUAUGUUUGUUUGUGUGCGCACACUCAUUUAUACUGAGUGGAAACUGAAAAUACACAAUGGUUUUCAAUCUUUGUUUGUGACCCACAACCUUGUUCAGGUUGCGUCCUUGGCUUUGCUAUGGACUUCAGUUGGUCGCCGUUGAGGGGCCUGGUAGGACUUUUCCCACUUGGCAAAUUGGCACCAUCCACUUGGUUUUCACCUACCUCGUAGCAAUCGUCACAACUUUGUAAGGUUUGGCGGUUAGGCAUUGGAAUAGCGAAGUUUGGGGGAGGGGAGGUGUGGCCAUUACCUGCCCCUCUGUGCUCAGGGGUAUUCCGUUAAAGGAAUCCGGGGGUGUGGAUCUUGUCCGAAGCCCAGGGAGGGGCUAGGGCCAUGCCACGACCCCAGCAGGAACCCAGGGGGUGCUUGAGUCGAUCUACAUUGGUGGGGCUCCCCCUACUGGUGGUUUACCCUUACCAGACUCCCUGCAAGGCGGGCAGGAGUCAGAUAUAGUCUGUUGAUGCCAAUGCCUAAGCCAAUACUGCUCACAUUCUGUAACCAAUAAAGUUGUAGCCUAAAUUUUGCCCAUUAACACCAACCUAAAAUUCUGUGUCCUUUAUUCUCAUGGGGGUGGCUUGCAGCUUUGACACACAACAAGUGAGUAACUGUGAAACAGAAUAAAUACAUCCUGUUGUGCAUUGUAUCUUUUUGCAAUGUGUUUGUUUGUGUGUGCGCACACUCAUUUAUGCUGAGUGGAAACUGAAAAUGCACAAUGGCUCUGAAUCUUCGUUUGUGACAUCUAUUGGAGCGAUGGUGUUACAUAUAAACUAAGCUAAGGCUCUCUAACAGGAUUAUUUCUUUCAAUUAACAGGGGAUGAAAUCCUGGAACUGAAUGGAGAAUCAAUGCAUGGACUCACACAUCACGAAGCUCUGCAGAAAUUCAAGGUUAUGUCCAUCUCUGAAGUCCUGCCCCUCCCCUUGCCCAACACACGCACUCAAGCCAUGGUGCAGAGUAGAGGAGGUCAUCCAAGUUAGUUUGGCCCUCAAGACUAGGGUUGAAACAGAAAUGUGAUCUUACUCACACUUUCUGAAAAAAAUAUGCAAACUGAAACACAGCUGUUCUUCAAAAGUUGUGCAUCUCUGAAUUUUGCAAGGCGUUUUGCCAGCCAAGUAAUGAGCACCAAAACCUGUAUACUGGGGGAGGGGAGUGCAUAAAUAUGAAAAUAUUAGUGAAAGCAGCAUACAAAAAAAGCAUCACAUUGGGGGGAAUUGUUUUGCAAAAAUGUGUUUAUUAGACAAAAUGCUGAUGAAUUUUCAGGAGGACUUAAAAAAAAAUCACAAACUGACCUGAAAAUGUGGACACUGGAACGUAAGAUGGGAGAAUUGAGAAACAGAUAAAAAUAUAAAAGAAAAGAUUUGUCCAUUUGCAGUUGAGACAGAAAAUGGCACAAGCACGUUCUCCCGCUUUCCGGGCAGCAAAAAACACAAGAAUACUAAAUCAAGUAAUCUAACAAUUUGCUGCCCUUUCAUUCCCCGCAAUCUGCUCCCUGGGGCAGCUGCCUCACUCUGCCCAAUGUUUGGGUCUCCCCAUUGCCUCUCUCUUUAUACACAUAGCACACACAACUCAUGUUGCUUCCUUGUUUCUAGCAGGCCAAGAAAGGUCUUCUCACACUCACGGUCCGGACGAGCCUCAGUACCCCACAUUCUGCCGCAAGCUACUUAUCCUCCCAUCUCUGCCGUUCCCUGAGCACCAGCAUGUCUAUCACCAAGGAGAACAGCUCCUUUGGCUCGGAAGGCACCACUUUCCCCUUGAACUCUGCCAACCCCAACGACAGGAUCAUUAUGGAAGUUUCCCUAAAGAAAGGUGAGUGUUAGAAGUAACGGAGCACAAAGGAAGAGAAGCAGCAGCUCUGCUUUCCCUUGGAAGGCUUUCCCCAAAUCGGUGAUCUUUCCUGGGCCUUGAAUUCAACUGAAUUGGGAUAGCCAGUGAGGUGUCCUCCACAUGCUGUGGACUACAGCUCCCAUCAGGCCCAGCCAGCAUGGCCAAUGGUCAAAAAUCAUGGAAGUAGUAUCCUAAAAGACCUGGAGGGCACAAUGUUGGCUACCCCUGAAUUCAAGUAUGAUUUAAUUUCACGGUAGCCAACAUUGUGCCCUCCAUAUCUUUUAGAAUACUACUUCCAUAAUUUUUAAGUCCAUUGAAAUGAAUGGUCUUGGCUAACAUAAGUCUAUUGAUUUCAGUGGGGUCUACUCUGAGUAGUUGGAUAAAAGGUAAAGGGACCCCUGACCAUUAGGUCCAGUCGUGGCCGACUCUGGGGUUGCGGCGCUCAUUUCGCUUUAUUGGCCGAGGGAGCCGGCAUACAGCUGGUCAUGUGGCCAGCAUGACUAAGCCUCUUCUGGCGAACCAGAGCAGCGCACGGAAAUGCCGUUUACCUUCUUGCCAGAGCGGUUACUAUUUAUCUACUUGCACUUUGACGUGCUUUCGAACUGCUAGGUGGGCAGGAGCUGGGACCGAGCAACGGGAGCUCACCCCGUUGCGGGGAUUCAAACUGCCGACGUUCUGAUCGGCAAGUCCUAGGCUCUGUGGCUUAACCCACAGCGCCACCCACGUCCCUGAUACAACUCCCCCUUUGGGUGUGCCAAGUAUUUGCCCCAAAACAGAUUUAAUAAGUCAUAGUCUACUGAGAGGAGUAGGGCAAGGUGAGGGGGAAAUUGCCAGUGUUCAUAAAGGGGUGAGGACAUCUUAAACUUAAUUUCCAAAUGUCAGUUUUCAAAAGUGGGCUGAGCAACAGAUGUGACUCCUUCCUUUAUACCAGGCAUAGGCCAACUCGGCCCUCCAGAUGUUUUGGGACUACAACUCCCAUCACCCCUAGCUAACAGGACCAGUGGUCAGAGAUGAUGGGAAUUGUAGUCUCAAAACAUCUGGAGGGCCGAGUUUGCCUAUGCCUGCUUUAUACAGUAGACAUUCUGGCCUUGCAAAUGAUGGACGUCCCUACAUGCACACCUCUCUCCAGCCAGGCAAGCACCAACCUCACAUUUUAAAGGCACUUCCAGCAAGGCAGAAACACUCCAAGCCAGCAGGGAGGAGGGCCACUGAGGGGUGGGAUCUGGGAAGGAGGGGUGUGGCCUCAAGAGUAGGGAUAGUCCCAAAGGCAGGAAGGGAUAGAGAGACCCAGACGGCCACAUCUGGCCCCAAAACCUGAUGUUCCCCACACCCGAUUUAGACAGAAAGGGAAGAAACCAAUCUAAUUUUCAAAGUUUUCAUCUAACGACAGUUUAUAUAAUUCAAAAAACAUAACAGAUUGUCUUUGUUUUGCAUCUUUCUGAUAUAUUUUCCUCAGAGGCUGGCGUGGGUUUGGGCAUCGGAUUAUGCAGCAUCCCUUAUUUUCAGUGUAUAUCAGGAAUAUUCAUUCAUGCCCUCUCUCCAGGCUCUGUAGCUCACAUGGAUGGAAGGCUCAGGUAUGUUGAGACUGAAUAGCUUCAACAGCAGAUAUAUAUGUGUUUGUGUGUGUGUGUGUGUGUGUGUGUGUGUGUGAGUGAGAGAGAGAGAGAGAGAGAAUAUUCACAUCUCUUUAGAAGGCAGUCACUAACUGUUGGGCUGCAGUUGAAAAAAAAUACAUGAGGAAAUCUAAUUACAGAAAAUAUGAAGAGAAAAGAUGGCCCUAUAUUUGCAGUCGAUUUUCAUUUAUUCAUUUUAGGCAUUGACAUAUUGCUUAACCGUUAGCAUUUCUAAGUGACAUAUAUAAACAAUACACUACACAGAAUAAAACAUCAAAAAGUCAGCAUAAAACUGAACAUCAAACACCUACUGGAAUCAGAAAGUAUUUGAUUUGCACUUAAGUUCAGCAAGGAGGGGGCCUGUACAGUCUCAGUCGGAAGGGGACUGCACAGGCCUGGUCCACAACACGGAAUGCACACUUAUGAGUCAAGCACCUGAGCCAUGGAGGACAGAGACCCCCUCCCCAAGACCUCAGUGAUUAGAUAGUCUUGGGCCCAAGCUGUUAAAGGGCCUUCUACAGUGGUACCUUGGUUCUCAAACUUAAUCCAUUCUGGAAGUCCGUUCCAAAACCAAAGCACACUUUCCCAUAAAAGUAAUGCAAAAUGGAUUAAUCCGUUCCAGAUUUUUAAAAACAACCCCUAAAACAGCAAUUUAACAUGAAUUUUACUAUCUAACGCAAGCAUCCCCAAACUUGGCCCUCCAGAUUUGGGACUAUAACUCCCAUCAUCCCUAGCUAACAGGACCAGUGGUCAGGGAUGAUGGGAACUGUAGUCCCAAAACAUCUGGAGGGCUGAGUUUGGGGAUGCCUGAUCUAACGAGACCAUUGAGUUGUCUGAGUACCAAGGCGUUUGAGAACCAAGGUACCACUGUAAAUUAAUACGAGAACCUCAGAACUGAUGAUGUCAGCCCCACUUCCCUUCCACACACAUGGCAGCGAUAAGGGCAUGUCUACACAACAAUCUUGCACCGGACUGACUCCAAAACAGCCUCUGUACGUAACACACACACAUUUUCUAGGGACAACAGAGCAACCACUCUCAAACCGCUGCAACUGCCGGUGCUCUUAAAACCAUGUGCACACUUCCUAGAAUGGUAUGAGAAGCUGCACAUUAGCAAGCUAAGUUGUGCUGCAUAUACCAUGAAGGGCUUGGACCACAUUGCUCUUUCAGCCUUCUGUGCUUCAGCUGGAAGUGCUUAAGCAACACUCACCCCCCCUACCCCCAAAGUGAAAGGUCAGGCUAAGCAAGCAAGCAGGAAGGAAACUGUGGGUGCAACACACUUGACAAAUCACACACCACAGGUCUGGUUGCAGCUAAAGGUGCAUCAGAAGAAAGUUUGUAGAAGUCACCAAAGUGUGAAGGAUGAACGGGUGUUUCAGAUCUGCACGACUUCCACACGCUAUGUAUUUCGGGGAUAUUCUCCUGGGCAGGCAGCCCUCUGGGACUUAGUCAUUUGCAGCCUAAUUCUAUCUCCCUCUGCCCCAUUACAGACUGAGAGACUAAAAGGGAGGAAAAUAGAAUUACCGUUUUUUCCCGUGUAUAAUAUGCCCCCAUGUAUAAGAUGACCCCUAUUUUUUCCCCUGUUUUUUAUUGAUUUUCCAAAUUUUUGAACAAACAAACAUACAUCUUAACUUUACUUGAUCCAAUCUUGGUAACAUUGUUAAGUGACUUCCUCAAAUCUCCCUGGCUGAAUUUUAGUGUAUAUCAUUGUAACAGUUUUCCAAAACUAAUUUUCUCAUAAAAUUAACUUAAUCAGUUAACAUAUUUCUUUCUUUUCAUUUUGACUUUAAACAUGUUAUUCUCUAACAUUGCAUAUUUAAAUCCUAAGCCUAUCUGGUAUUUGCAAGUAUUCCCAAUUAAGUUAUCUUAACAUAUUUAACUAAAUGGUCUUUAAAUUUCCGCCAUUCCUCCUGGUACUCCUCGUCCUUCUGGUUGCGGACUUUUCCAGUCAGGUCGGCUAGCUCCGAAAAGUCCAUCAUCUUCAUCUGCCAUCCCUCCACUGUUGGAACUUCUUGUGUUUUUCAAUUCUUAGCUAACAAAAUUCUAGCUGCAGUUGUGGCAUACAAAAACAGUCUAACAUCUUCCUUGGGCAAUUCCAAACCUAUUACUCCAAGAAGAAAGGCCUCUGGUUUCUUAGUAAACGUAUAUUUCAACAUUUUUUUCAAUUCAUUAUAAAUCUUCUCCCAGAAGUCUUUCACCAGGUCCACCACAUAUGAUAAAAGGUACCUUCUUUUUCUUUACAUUUCCUAUAUAAAUUAUCACUGUUAUGAUAUAUCUUUGCCAAUUUUACAGGGGUUAAGUACCAUCUAUACAUCAUUUUCAUAAUAUUUUCCUUUAACACUGUACAUGCAGUGAACUUGACCCCUUUCCUCCAUAACCUCUCCCAAUCUUCAAACAUUAUGUUAUGUCCCACUUCUCUUGCCCAGUCUAUCAUCACGGAUUUAACUUGUUCAUCCUUUGUAUGCCACUCCAACAAUAUAUUUUUUUAACCUGAAAUUAAGAAAUUAAGUUGUUUAGCUUUUUUGGGUGGGGUGGGGUGGAGGAGGUCACUUCCAUCAAUCGCUCACCCGCCUGCCCGCCACUGCUGAUCGCUUGUCACAGCCACUGCCAAUCGCACACCUCGCCGCAGCCACCAAUUGUCUGCUCGCUUACUGCCACCAACAACCCACCCGCCCACUUGCCAUAGCCACCAAUUGCCCGCCUGCCUCGCCACAGCUGCCAAUUUCCUGCCCAAUUGCCUCAGCCACAGCCAAUCGCCAGCAAGCCUUGCUGCAGCCACCAAUCACCCACCCAGUUGCCGCUGCCAAUCUCUUGCUUGCUGCUGCCAUUAAUCACAUGUCCCCCCCCCCUGCAUUCACUAUCCACGUAUAAGACGACACCCAAUUUCCCCUAUUUUUUCAAGCAAAAAGCAUUGACUUAUACACAGAAAAAUACGGUAUAUUGUAGGCCACCUAGGCCACAUUUACACCAUACAUUUAAAGCACGAUAAUAUCACUUUAACCCAGCAUGGCUCCCCCCAAAGAAUUCUGGGAGCUGUAGUUUCUUAAGGGCACUGAGAGUUCUUAAGAGGCCCCUCUUCCCGCCACAGAGCUACAAUUCGCAGAGUUCCCUGGAAAGAGGGGUUGAUUCAAAGCGAAUUGUAGCUCUGUAAGAUGAACAGUAGUCUCCUACCAUCCCUCAGCACCCUUAACAAACUGGAGCGUCAAAUUUUGGCCUUCUGGGACAGAACUACCGUAUUUUUUGCUCUAAAAGACGCACCAGACCAUAGUUUUUGGAGGAGGAAAACAAGAAAAAAAAUAUUCUGAAUCUCAGAAGCCAGAACAACAAGAGGGAUAGCUGCGCAGCCUGCAUUCACUCCAUAAGACACACACACAUUUCCCCUUACUUUUUAGGAGGGAAAAAGUGAGUCUUAUAGAGCAAAAAAUACGGUACCUAAAUUGUACAGAAAUUUAUUUAUGUAUGCUACUACAGCAGCAAGACGUUACUUGCCCCAAGGUGGAAAGAAGCAGAAGUCCCAGUAAAGGAAGAAUGGAUACAAAAAAACUUAUGGAAUAUGCAGAAAUGGCAAAACUUACCAGAAGAAUGAGAAAUCAAGAUAACAAACUUUUUAUAAAAGAAUAGAAAUGGUUUAUUGAAUAUUUACAGAUGAAUUGUAAACAGAUAAAAACAUUAGGAGGAUUACUGUCACAACCUGUAGUCUUAUAAGAGUAUAUAUUUACAGCAGAUAAUUUAAUAAGCAAGUCAAAUGAAUUUGGAUAUGCAGAAGAGAUUAAAAAAAAUAAAUUUAAGGAACUGUAGAAAGAGGGGGAAGGAAGUCAAAUUUUGAAAUGCGAAAUUGAUUGCAAAGCUAAUGAAAUGUAUAAAUUUGAAAAGUAUAACUAAAAAUCUUUUUUUAAAAAAAGCAAAAACAAAUUUUGGCCCUGCUCUUCACCUCCACCACACAACAAGGCUACAACAGAACCCCUAGGUUCUGGGUUAAAAUACUAUCGUGGCUCACUUGGUAUGAAAAGUUGGACCGCCUUGAUUUAGGCCAUCAAUAGUAAAUGCAUACCUUCUAGCAUGUUCCUGAAGAAAAUAGGGAUGUCCUAUUCCAUAAUCAUCAUCAUCAUCAUCAUCAUCAUCAUCAUCAUCAUCAUCUUUAUACCCUGCCUAUCUGACUGGGUUGCCCCAGCCACUUUGGACACCUUCCAACAUAUAUAAAAACAUAACAAAACAUAAAACAUUUAAAACAGAUGCCUUCAGAUGUCUUCUAAAGGUUAUAUAGUUAGUAAACUCCUUGGCUCGGGGGGGGGGGUCACAUAACUCCAUAUCCUCCAAAAUUUCUCCAAUGAAAACAGGGAUGUCCUAAGGAAAGGGGGACAGUCCGGGAUCAAAUCAAAAACUGGGAUGGCUUCCGUAAAUCCGGGACAGUCCCUGGAAAAUAGGGACACUUGGAAGGUCUGCGUUAUCAGUUGCUGGUGUUCCCAAUAGGAGAAUAGGGAAGUAGUUUACCUUGUUCAUGCUAUGCUAUUUUUUCUUAAAAGGCUGCCUUUUGUGCAUGUAUUCAAGUCUGCUAUUCAAUAAAACCACCGAACUUCCCUCCACUAUUGCCUAAAGAACUCUUACGUUUGGCAAAACAGUGGGAAAGUUGCACUGACAAGCUUAAAUCCAUGGCUUCUGUAAAUCCGGGUCUGUUCUUUGAAAACAGGGACAUUUGGAGGGUCUGUAAAUGUCUACUAAAACAAAUACCAGUAAUCACAUCUUGGCUUCCGGAUUGAAAUAUGUAAAUUUUUCCCCCUAUCCAUUUUGGAAGGUGCGGAGAUGAAAUAGUGGAAAUCAAUGAGGCAUCAGUCCAGAACAUGUCGCUUAAUGAGGUCCAUGCAGUUUUAAGUCAUUGCAAUCCUGGCGCUGUGCAGAUUAUCAUCAGCAGACACCCUGAUCCUCAGGUAAGCUUGAAGCUUCCAUAUUCUGAUGAUGCUUGAGUGUCAGGACUGAGCCAUGGAGUCACAACUGGAAAGACCUUGUUACCUUUUAUAGCUCUUCCUGUCUAAGAGGCCCCAAUGGACAGCCUGGGUUUGGUAUGGCAUUGAUAGUCCAGGCCUGGUUUUUAACUCUUUAUUGCUUAGGAAGAUAUCCCAACUGCAGUUCUGGUGGGAUACAGUGCCGGAUUUACGUAUAAGCUAAACAAGCUAUAGGUUAGGGCCCCACUCUCUUGGGGGCCCCAAAAAAAUUUAAAGGGGGAAAAAACUGGAUGUACUUUGAUAAAAUACAUAGUGUGGUACCUUGGGUUAAGAACUUAUUUCGUUCUGGAGGUCCGUUCUUAACCUGAAACUGUUCUUAACCUGAGGUACCAGUAAUAGGGCCUCCCGCUGCUGCUUCACUGCCACCGCACAAUUUCUGUUCUCAUCCUGAAGCAAAGUUCUUAACCCGAGGUACUAUUUCUGGGUUAGCGGAGUCUGUAACCUGAAGUGUCUGUAACCUGAAGCAUCUUUAACCCAAGGUACCACUGUAUUUUGUUAGGUGCAAAUGGCUUUAGGUACCUAUUAGGUCCAUAAAUUACCAUAUUGUAUAUAUUCAACACAAAAAAGUGACAAUUUGUUGUUUACAAAGGGCAGCUGGACAUAGAAAGGGCCCCAUUACCUUCAGUAGCUUAGGGCCUCAUCAAACCUAAAUCUCACCCUGGUGGGUUGCCAUAUGGGGCAGGCUCACACAGAGCCCAGAGAUCAUCAACCUUGUUAGACCGACAACUCCCAUCAGAUCCCCCAGCCAACUUAGCCAACCAUUGGAGGUGGUGGUUGUAGUCAUAAAAUUGUAGAAUUGUAGAGUUGGAAUGGACCGCCAAGGGUAAUCUAGUCCUUCUUCUUCUUUCUUCUUUGGCGAUCACUUGUAGCCGAGUAAGAUUGUCUUCCAUAAACACGGUUUCAACAAUGAGUCCGCAAGUCACUGUGGAGGCCAAUUCUGGACCCACACGUCCUUCCACAGUGGGAAGAUUGGUUUCCAGGUGGGAGUUGAUCACAGUGUGGAUUUGCCAAGUGUGCCUUCCUCUUAGCAUGUUUCUCCCUUGCGUCCUGAGUUCGAGCAUCUUCAGAGCCCAUGACACCUUUGGUCAAGGAUGUUCUCCAGUUGGACCGCUUGCAGACCAGUGUUUCCCUGCAAUGCAAGACUCUCAACUAGAUCAUACAAGGCAGAACGGCCAUCCAACCUCUGCUUACAAACCUCCAAAGGAGGAGGUUGCACUACCUUCCAAAGGAGUCGCUCUCCAGAUGCUUUUACCCUCAUAGGGUUGCUAACAACAUGCAUUGGGAACCCCCAUGAUGGAGAAGAAGCAAAGGAGCUAAGAUUGGAGGUUUUUAAGCAGAGGUUGGGUGGCCAUCUGUCAUGGAUGCUUUCAUUGAAAUUCCUGCAUGCAGGGGGUUUGGACUAGAUGAUCCUUGAGACCCCUUCCAACUCUACAAGUCUAUGAUUCUAUGUGGCGGAUGUGGAAAAGGUGAAGCUUCUCUUCUACUGCAAAUUGGGUGUUCUUCGCAGCGUCUUUUUUUCCUUUAAAAUGUAAGUGCUCAGGGUUUAUGUACAGUCAUUUGCAUUUACUGUAUGUCUUUAAUCCUCGUGAGCGAAGUGCCAUUAAGCAGCAGCUCAAAUGCUUUACAUGUUGUUAUCUGGUGGCUUUUAGCUUCCUGAAUGUAAAAAAAGAAAGCAGUUAUUCAAAUGAUUUCACUUUAGAAUUGUUUCCUAGCAAUCUAUAUAUAUAUGACAUUUUGAGUCUUGAUAGCAGGUGGCCAGGAAUGGAUCUACUUUGAAACUAAUGAAGUUUAAGCUUAGGGGGCCCCAAUCCUGGAGGGGCCCUAGAAGCAACUUGAAUCCACAUUGCUUAACAAUUUUUGGUCUAGUAAACCCAGUUUGAGUCUCACAUCUCAAACUGAUUAACUUUUUAUGGUACAUAUAUAUCAACAACAACAAAGUCUGAGAGUCAGUAGUACUGAUGUUGUAAAGGCAGAAUGUCGCAGUAACACAAAAACUAUAAGGCCUAGUGUUAUGUACUGAGUUGAAUAGGAUCCAAAAUGCAGCAGUCUGAUUGGUCCUAGAACAAUAGGAUCCAAAAUGCAGCAGUCUGGUCCGCAGGAGCCACCCAAUCCAGCUCCAGGUGCAAGUGAAUCCACAACCUGAUUGGCCUACAGGAGAAUCCUGGAAUUAGCCAAUCAUGUGCAGCCCAUUGUGUAAAUAAUGUAGAUAAAGCAGAUAUUGUGGGGGAACUUCCAUUCCUCCUCACCACUAUGAGCUGAAUAAAGAGCAUGAAAUCCACUCUCGACUCCGAGUAUAUUUCACCUAGGUAAUUUUUAUUCACAACAGUGACUUUGACUUGCAAGAUAAUCCAGUACAGCAGUUUUAAUCAGAGAUGUGGUAGUUCUUUUCCUUUUAAAAAUUGUGAUCUGUUGUGGAACAAGCCAACUGAAGAACAUAAUGGUGGCUACCCAGACCUUGUUGCUGGUUGUGAAGGGGCCCCCAUAACAGUUCAAGUUUCAGGGUCCCCAAAAUGUAGGUGGCAGGAAAAGGAAAUGCUGUAUGUCACCAAAAGACACCCUCUUAUCAAGACAGAUUUUUAUCUGGUGUUAGUCCUAUUCAUAGUAGACCCAUUGAAAGUAAUAGACAUGGCUAUUUUAGUCUCAAAGCUACUAACAUGAGUUUGACCAAACUGCGGGAGGCAGUGGAAGACAGGAGUGCCUGGCGUGCUCUGGUCCAUGGGGUCACAAAGAGUCGGACACGACUAAACAACAACAUUUUAGUUUUAUAAAUUUCAGUGGGUUUACUCUGAGUAGAACUGAGCUAGAUACAACUCUCUGGGUUUUAUGUAUGCUGCAAGUAUCAGGUCAAAUACAGCAUUAGAAAACCCCAAACCUCCUACAUAUUCUUUGAGCCAAGCUAUGUAGUCAGUGACCUCAUGUGAUGUCUCUGUUGCUCUACUGUGCUAUUUCAGCUUAGUUCCAUUUGUAGAACAUGAGACUCUUAACCUCAGGGUUCUGGGUUUGAGUUCCAUGUUAGGCGGAAGAUUCCUGCAUUGCCAGGGGGUUGGACUAGAUAAUCCUCACAGUCUUUUCCAACGCUACAAUUCUAUGAUUCCAUGAUUUCCGAAGCAAAAAAUAAGUCAAUACACUGUGGGCAAAAAAAUGAAGGGGGAAAAAGCCGCACUCCACAAAUCACAAAAAGAAAAUUGAUAAAACGGCCAACAGAAACUAGAGUGAAAAGGGGCUCCUUUGUGUAAGAAAGGUAUUCAGGAAAAGGGAACCAAAUUCAGUCUUUAGCCAAACUUUCCAGCUUCCACAAGUAGCUCUGUGAUCUGUGACAUUUUGUAGGUUUCUGAACAGCAGCUAAAGGAGGCUAUUUCACAAGCGGUGGAGAGCAACAAGUUUGAAAGGGAGAGGUACCAGUGGCGGACAGAAGGUAAGGAAAUCCCAAUUGGUUUAGAAAUUAUUAAAAAUUGAAUGCAGUUUCUGACGCUGGCCCACUUGAAUCGUAUCUUGAAGUCCAUCUCCCCCAUUUUCUGGAGGUGAAGUAGCUCCAGACGGUCCUGCUAUCAUAUGUGGUGGGCCUUCACCCCUGAAAGUUCUGGAGUUUGGCAAUAUCAGAUAUCAGGACCACCACUGGACAGAGGAGCAUCACUCUAGAUCCCAGGCUUUCCCCACGAAAAGUGUUUGUGGGAGAGAAUUCAGACUGCCGUUAGAAAACCUUUAAUCAUCUGCCUGCUGGGGGCUGCCUGCUUACUCACAGGGAAAUGGUGGAAGGAGCCUUAAUCACGGCCUAGGACCCUCGUACCUACGGGACCACCUCUCCCAGUAUGCCCCACAGAGGACCUUAAGGUCCAUAAAUAGUAACAUUCUAGAGGUCCCGGGCCCUAAGGAGGUCAGAUUAGCCUCAACUAGAGCCAGGGCCUUUUCAACACUGGCUCCAGCCUGGUGGAACGCUCUGUCUCAUGAGACCAGGGCCCUGCAAGAUCUGAUUUCUUUCUGCAGGGCCUGUAAGACAGAGUUGUUCCGCCUGGCCUUUGGCUAGGAAUCAACUUGAUCCCCUCCCCCUCUUUCCUUUCUCUUUCUGUGAUGGAACUCCUAUUUGGGGACUUCCCUGGCUUUUUUCUGGCCCAUGUAGGACCAGUCUGGAUAGUUGGCCUUGGUGAAGACUUGAUGUUUUCAUCCCCCUAAAAGUUUUUGAUUUGAGUUCCUACUGAAAUGAGGCUGCAUUUUAAUGUUCUAAUGUCGUAUUUUAAUCUUGUUUUUACGUUGUAUUUCAAUCAAUUGUUUUUAUACCUGGUGUCAGCCUCCCUCUUGGUUGGGGAGGGUGGGGUAUAAAUAAAAUUUAUUAUUAUUAUUAUUAUUAUUAUUAUUAUUAAUCAUAUCCCAUGAUGAACUGGCUCCGUAAGGCUCAUCAGCUGGGAGUUCUUUGAAGAGCCACUGAGACCUGCUGGACUUUGCAGCAGAGUGGUGUCUUUUUGUCCCAUAUUUGUCAUCAGAGACACUGAGUAAGCAGAUCCUUUGAUAAUAUGGUUUGGAAAUGUUUAUAGUUUGCAGCUGUGCAGAUUUUUCCUCUGCUUUGUGGGGGCGUGGGCACUGUGACUGGGCCUGCAACAAAACAAACAAACAAACAAACUUUGCAGUGAGUUUCCCUACCUUUUUCCCCAGAAAAAAAGCACUGGGUUUGCCAUGUAGGUUUGCCAUUUGCAGUCAUCCAGAGGGUUUGGGGUUGUUUUUUAUUUCUUUUAUUUAAAGUGCAGCUCAUGCAGGGAAGCUGUUGUGGUUUUGGAAUAACUCCAGAGCUUCUUCAGGUGCACAGAAUUAGUUGUGUGGGUGUUUAGAUUCUGGCUAUUGUCUUAUUCCUCACUCAAAAACUGUUUGUUUGUUUUUUAAUGCAGGUGUUAAAAGCCUGGAGAACAGCUGGCACAAGAGACCUCCAUGUGAAAAAUACUCAGAGAGGAAUAAUGCUCAUUCCAGCCACCGCUCCCAAAAGCUUAUGAUUCGUUCCAGCAGUGACAGCAGUUACAACCCCAGGCCAUCAUGUGGCAACGGCCUUCCCUACCAGCUGGCUGAUAUGAAAGAAAAAGGACACAGCAUUGAUGCACCGAUUACAAGACAGCCUGGCUCCUUGUAUUCUUCCUCUAGAACAAGCCUGGAGAAGGAUUCCUCUCCACCAAUGUUGAAAGAAGCCGGUCACCUCUUGCAAAAUACAAAAAGGUCAGCAGAGAUCCUUGUUAGGAAACCCAGGUCCUCAAAGCCCAAACCUCCGCCGAGGAAAUAUUUCAAGCAGGACUGCACCAGCAGCAAGCAGGCAAGCAGGGAAGCGAAAGAGAAGCCCAAGCUGCAAGGGGAUGGGAGCCCACCUCCUUCCAGCGCUCAGGUAAGACAACUUCCCAGGGAAUGGAGCCAACAGAAAUAGGAGUCUUAAAGAUGUGGAUUUUACCUCCCUGGUAAAAUCCACACCUUCUAAGAGCAGUGACUCUUGGACUAGGAAGAAGGUCCACUUUCACUGGGCAGAAGUGAUGUCAAUGGGUAAGCUGGGGAGAAAUUCAGUUCGGCUCACAUUUAAAAGCAAAUUUCUGAAACCGAAACAGAGAUGUCCUUUGAAAUUCACACUUCUCCAAAUUUCACAAUGUACAGUGGAUGCUCGGGUUGCGAACGUGAUCCGUGCGGGAUGCACAUUUGCAACCUGCAGCUGCGUGUCUGUGCAUGCGUGGGUUGCGAUUUGGCGCUUCUGCGCAUGCGCGAUUGCCAGAAGCCGGAAGUAACCCGUUCCGGUACUUCCGGGUUUCGGCGGUCCAUAACCUGAAAAAACUCAACCUGAAGUGUCUGUAACCCACGGUAUGACUGUAGUUCUUUAACCAAGUAAUUUGUACAAAAAUGCACAUGCUAGAUUAAGUGGUACUGAUAAAUGCAUAUACAGUGGUACCUCUACUUACGUGCACCUCUUGUUACGUAUCCUUCGGGAUAGACACGUGGCAAACCUGGAAGUAUAUUUCCAGGUUUUGCCAUGCGCACAUAUGCAGAAGCACUCUACCACGCUGCGUGUGCGCGCAGAACAGGCACCUUCGGUUGCGGAAACCUUGGGAUCCUACCAGAGCUCCGGAACAGAUCACAACCACAACCAGAGGUACCACUGUAUUUGUGAAAAUAACACACACAAAUGCAUUAUUAAGGAAGAGUGCUUCGUAAACAGUAGGGAAGAAAUUAAGCAGAACCUGAGCACAACUCUUUCUGGGAUGCUGGAGAGCAACUGAUACUGGUCCAGAUGGACCAAUGGCCUGAUCUGGUGAAAUAUCUGCAUUCCUAUUAAGAGGGGGAAGAUGGAAUGUGAGAUUCCACACUGGGGAAAGUGAAAGGGAAAAGGCAAGCAAAUGGAUGGGUGAGUGUCAGGGACUGGCUGGACGAAGAGGAGUGGAGGAAGGCACCAGCCAGGGAACCCCCAAGGGAAACCCCAGAGGAGGAAGGCUCAGAAUCAGGGGAUUGGUGGUGGGACACUGAGGAGAGGUCAGAGGGAGAGGAUUGGGAGGAGGUGCUGGAUGCUGAAGGGGUAACAGGGUUUAGUGAGCAGGAAGAGCCAGUGAAAGGGAACAGUUCAGACUCUCAGGCUGGAGCAGAGGAUGGGAGUCAAGAGACUGCUGAAGAAUCCAGGGAGUCUCCCUCUCCUGCUGCAACAAGCUCUCCUCCGCCCCUGGUCUCCAAGAACUCACACAGUUACGAGAGGUCAGAGAUGUUCAGAGAUUGCUUGGAAACAUCCGAGAGAAGAGGGGCCUUAGAAAGGGUGGAAGGCAGGGACCUUCAUCCCUGGCAACUGCUCCGUAGGUGCAAGACCUACUGGGAAGGGUUGCCGAGUUGUAGGUUGUUUCCUUGAAUAAAGAGUUAACUUUGUUGGCUAUUUGCAGUAUGGUAGCGCUGCAGAGAGCUUGCUGGGGAGACCAUGCAUUAAAAAGGGACUCAAAAAUAACUUAAACAAGGUUUUAAUAAGAAAAACAAAAACUCCAUUUACACUAAAUACAUCAACAAACCAACAUGACCCAACCACCAACCCAUCCCCCAGGGUAAUGGGAGAGCUAGGUGCUGCUCCUUAUAUACUACACCCAAUUACCAACACAGCUUAAUCAAUACAACUCAGCAGCACCUGCUAUGUUUCACAGCUGUAAAGCUGGGUCUCGUUAUCUUGCUCUGGCCCUUGCUCUGGCCCCUUAAAGACAUACACAUCGAGUGGAACAAUGAUGAACCUUUACGUAUAAAGAAACCAUUCAACAUUUCCCCUGCGGUUCAUCUUUGUGGAACAAAAACAUAAAGCAUACUUUGUACAUGUUUUUCAUGUGUAACCUUUGGAAGUGCUUUAGUAAAAAUGUCUGCAAUUUGAUUGUCACCUGGAACAUAUUUAAAUACAACCAUUUCGUCAGCAAUUAGUUUCUUUACAAAUUGUAAACGUAACCUUAAGACUCUAGCGCGCUGCGUAUUGGUCUCUGAACAUAGGAUAGCAAGUCCACUCUGGGAAUCAAGAUAAACUCUUACUGGUAGUGUUACUUGCAUCUGUAGGUCUGCAAAUACUUGCAUAUACCAUUCUAUAUCACGAGUGGCCUGAACGCAUGCACAUAAUUCACUCUCUGUUGUGGAGAGACAAAUAAUGGUUUGUGUCUGGGACUUCCAUUCAAAUGGACAACCGUUAUAACAAAACACCAUACCAGACACACCCCUGCAAUUAUUUUGUUCCACUGCAUGAGAUGCAUCGCAGAAAAUUUCAAAACCUUUGUCAAUACAUGUUGUAAACUGCAACCGAUAAUGUUUGGUAUGUUUAAGGUACAUCACCACUCUCUUAAGAGCAGAGAAACAUUGCGUAGUGGGCUUUUUCACAAAUUUUGCCAGAAAGUGAAAAGCAUAAGUUAUAUCUGGUCUUGAGAUUCUUUGAAUAAAAUUUAGCUUGCCUAUAGCAGAAUGAUACAAAGUUUUGUUAGGAAAUGGCUUAUCUUCACCUGUAAAGGUGAAACCACACACCAUAGGCGUUUGCUUCCCAUUUGCAUUUUCUAAACAUAGCAUUUCAACAAGAUCAUCAAUUUUUGCAGUUUGAUGAACUAGAAAAGAUCCAUUUUUGCCUUUCUCAAUUUGCAUGGAUAAGUAAUUUUAAGCUAUGCCUAAUUCCACCACAUCAAAUUUCUUCUGUAACUGUGUUACUACCUGUUCAUAUUCCUGUUUAGUUUUUGUAGAAAAUAACACGUCAUCUACAUACACACAUAUUUUUGCUACAGAGUUUGCCCUUUCCUUUAUAAACACACAAUUGUCUGCCUUUCCUUGUGAAAAACCAAUAUCCAGCAAUUCUUUUGCUAAAGUUUGGUGCCAAUUCCUUCCACUUUCGUGCAGACCAUAAAGGGAUUUAUUUAAUUUGCAUACCAAACCUUCAGCGGCGUCUAUGCCUUCAGGGACAUGCAUAAAAAUUUGUUCUUUUAAAUCUGCAAACAAAUAUGCAGUUUUUAUAUCUAGGUGAUAAACAGAAUGUCCACGUUGUGAUGUAUCUUUUAACAAAAGUUUAACUGUUUCAUAUUUUACACUUGGUGAAUAACACAAAUCAUAAUCUUCGCCUGGAAUUUGUUGAAAACCCCUAGCAACUAAUCUAGCCUUGUACCUUACAACUUCAUUUUUGUCAUUCAUUUUAACUCUAUAAACCCAAUAAGUCUCAUAUCUGGGGUUUGUGGUACAAGAGACCAAGUGUUGUGCUCUUUUAAAGAAGCUGUCUCGGAGUUCAUAGCUUUAUACCAAUUUACAGCUUGGUGUUUAGGUAAAUUCUGAACAUCAUUGUAGCUUUUUGGCUCAAAAACCGCCUUAUUGGCAUACACAGUAUUAAAAUGUUCAUCUGCAAAACGUUGCGGCUUCUGUCUCUAUCUGAACGUCUCAGUCCAGAAGGGGAGUCAGACUCCUCAGACUUAAUGGGACUAAGUGAACUACUAGUUUCAGGUUGUAAGUCAGGCUGAAGAGAUGCCUGUGGGCUAAGCUCACGGUCAGAAAACUCAAGAGAAUCUAACCUCUCCUCGGGUGCCUGUGACUUUAAAUCAUCAAACAAAUUAUCAGAUUCAACAGGCUUUUCGUCUUUUCCCAUUAAUUCAGAAGCAUCAUUUCCUGCUGCUGCUGCUUCUUCCUCUUCUUCCUCAGUAUUAUCUAUACCGUUAGUAUCUUGGAAAAUAGCAACGCCAUUCCAAUUUACAGUUUGUAUCAUGCUUCUGGUAAUAUGAAAUUUGCCAGUUUCUGGUAUGUAAAUUCUGUACGCCCCCUGCUGGUAGCCCAUUAAUUUUCCCUGAACACUACGCUCACCCAAUUUCUGCUUAGCAGGAUAAUGCAUAAUUACAUCUGAACCCCAAAUACGUAGGUAUUUCAGAUUAGGGCGUUUUUUAAACAACUUCUCAUAGGGGGUGACAUCUAAACCAGAAUGAUAACUGCGAUUUCUAACAUAACAAAAGGCAUGGAGCGCUUCAGCCCAAAAGACUUUGGGCAGAUUAGCAUCGUGCAGAUAAGUUUUAGCCCCUGCCUGCAGGUCAUGCUGCACAACUUCAACAAGCCCAUUUUGCCAGGGACUUCGGGGGCAAGAUAACUCAUGAGUAGUCCCCUGCGCUUCCAGGAAUUUCUCAAAAUCCUCAGAAACAAAUUCCCCGCCCCGGUCAGAAAACAGGUUCUUAAUAGGUUUGUUAAAGUGCAUUUUUACCCAGUUGCAAAAAGCUUUGUACUUCUCAAGUGCUUGGGACUUCUCAGCUAUUGCAUAAGUCCAACAGUAUCUACUAUACUGGUCUAUCAGGGUAAGCCAGUACUUAGAACCUCCUAAUGAUGGUGGGAGUGGCCCAACUAAGUCACAAUGUACACGCUCAAAUGGCUCAGUUACUUUCCUAUCUGAGCACCUACCCUUGCGUGCAACCUUAAUCUUAUUCUUGCAACAGGAUAGACAUUGCAUAAAGAAUUUGCAUGGUUUUAAGUUGAGGCCAUUAACAAUAUUCUUUGUCUUAAUUACAUCAGCAAAAUUCAGGUGUCCAAGAAGUCUGUGCACCUCAUGGACACACCCAGAAUGUGGCCUUACAUUCCUCAACCCCUGGCUUGACUGUGCUGCUCUGCAAUUUAUAGGCAAUUUGGAGUAGGUGCGAAAAUACAGUCUAUAUAAACCAUCAGAGUCCCAGGCAUACAAUAGACGUUUGUUCCCAUCGAAAAACUCACACAUUGACUUUAAGAAACGCACAGUUAUGCCUUGACGAGCAAAACACCUUACUGACAAUAAAUUGUCCACUGACGGGCAGUAAAUGCAGUUCGCUAUAGUAAUGUUUAAAGAGUCAAGUUUAACAGUACCCCUGCCAAGCGACUGCAAGACUUGUGAAUUGGCUAAAUGUACAUUACCAAUUUCCUCUUUGAAAGAAAUAAACAAACUUCGAUCGUUGCAAACGUGCUGAGAUGCUCCUGAGUCCACAAUAAAAGAUUUCCACUUGGCACCUUUAAUUCUUUUACGAUCUCUUGUGCUAGCGUGAAAAGCUCACGGCUCGUUUCUGUCUUUAUGGUACAAUGUCGGCUGCUGAGCUGACGACCGUGACUGAUGAACAGAAACAGUCUUGGGAGUUCUUUGCUUUCUUUUGGCUCUGCAGUCCUUUGCAAAAUGUCCUUGCUUAUUGCAGAACCAACAACGCUUUGCAGCUUUAAAUGCAGUUGUAUCACCACAAGUUUGUAUAUGGUGUUCCUCAUUCUUUCUGGAAAUAGGAGUGCUUAUGGCACAAGCCUCCCUUCUGUCCAACUCGCCCAUUAGUCUUGCCGUUACCCCUUCCACAGUUAAUUGUGCUGGUGGAAUGGCAGAUAUCUGGCUAGCUACACCAUCAAAGUCCUCAUUAAGGGAACAAAGGAUGAUAAAAACAUACUGAAUAUCGGGUAUCUCCAUGUCCCUUCGAAUUAAUUCGCAGCGUAUUGCCUCCAGACGUCUCAAGUGUGCUGCCAAAUCACCACCAGGCUGCAACUUUGUCUGGUACAACUGCUUGAAAAACGUCAAUGCAGACGCUGACUCUUUCCUAACAUGCACUGCUGCAAGACUGUCCCACAUUUCUUUGGCAGUUUUCUUAUUCCUUAUAUAGACUACUUGCUGGUCGCUGACUGCCAAAUUAAUUAUCGCCCUGGCUUUUGCAUCUCCUUUUGACCAAGCAUUAGUUACAGGGUUAGGAGGGUCAUCAGUUACAUAGGUCCAUACUUCUCUAGAGGUCAAAAGCGCCUCCACCCGAAAAGACCAUAAACUAUAGUUCUCAUCUGUUAGCUGUGGGAAGACCAGAGCCUUCUUAGCUUCUGGAACCCGGUCAACCAUUCUGGAACUCUUCCAGACCCACAAAAACUGCGCUAACAGGAGAAGGAGUUUUCAAACCUUUCUCAGAGUCCAAAAAUAUGCAGUCAUCCAUUCAGCUGCUGGGCCCAUAACCAAAGAUGUUGGCUAUUUGCAGUAUGGUAGCGCUGCAGAGAGCUUGCUGGGGAGACCAUGCAUUAAAAAGGGACUCAAAAAUAACUUAAACAAGGUUUUAAUAAGAAAAACAAAAACUCCAUUUACACUAAAUACAUCAACAAACCAACAUGACCCAACCACCAACCCAUCCCCCAGGGUAAUGGGAGAGCUAGGUGCUGCUCCUUAUAUACUACACCCAAUUACCAACACAGCUUAAUCAAUACAACUCAGCAGCACCUGCUAUGUUUCACAGCUGUAAAGCUGGGUCUCGUUAUCUUGCUCUGGCCCUUGCUCUGGCCCCUUAAAGACAUACACAUCGAGUGGAACAAUGAUGAACCUUUACAUAUAAAGAAACCAUUCAACAAACUUUACUGACAACUGAGUUCUGCUUCUUUUGUGCUGACUCCAUCCCUGGCGAUGAGUUAAUAAGCAGCUAAAUGACAGACUUAAGCACUCAUUCAACUGUCAGGUUUUUAUUGCUGGUAGCCAAAGGCAAUUACAAUGCAAACUCUCCCCAAAUCAUUUAAAAUUGAAAAUCUCCUUGGUAUUAAAACCUGUUUUGGAUCAGGGUGCAUAACACUACCCUAUACUGUAGGUCACAGACUUGUCUGCAUUGCCAGCAGCCAUCUAAUUCUUAAAUAAUCUGAUUGACCACCUAGAGAAUUCUGAAAUGAGUGAAGGACUCCAUGCCUAGGUGAAUUAUGUAAAGGACGAUGUGACAUAUAGUCACAAUGUCUUCAGUCUGACCUGAUCUGUAUUCACAAAGAUGGUAGCUUGGUCUCACAACUGUGGAUGCCUGGGGCCAUGGGUGCUAUGCAGUCUAUGGUGUUGGCUAUUUGUAUGUGGGAUUUACAAAAAGGCUGAUUUAAGCGCAAUGUAUCAAACUGCCCUUGACUGACUGAUUCCCAAGGGAACUGUGAGUGCACGCUUCUUCUGGUACAUUUGCACAAGUAUACAAAGCUUCAGCGAAAAAGGAACUAGUUUUUAGAUAGCAUGAGCUUAACAAUGGAAAGUACCAGGUAGCAUAUAUGCAAAGCAAGCAAAACAAAUAUAUCACUGGUACAAAGUUUUGCAAGAACUUAUGAAACGCUGCAGAAUGAUUAAAAAAAAAUUAAGCGCCAAUUAUGGUAAAAAUUUGUAGGUAUGAUUUUUUGUCUUCCACCCUUCAAAUAUGCACCAGUAGCAUCCACAGAUAUUUAACCCUAUAAGUCACUGAGGAAGGGUAACCCCUUAGAUCAGGGUUUCCCAAACCUGCUGGGUCUCCAGCUGUUUUUGUAUUACAAUUCCCACCAUCCUGAUCACUGUUCCUGCUAGUUAUAGAUGAUGGGAGUUGUAGUCCAAAAACAGCUGGAGACCCAAGUUUGGGAAACCCUGCUUUAGAUCCUUCCUCCCCAAACUGGUGCCCUGCAGAUGUUGGAUUGCAACAUCCCUUAUCACUGGUCAUUCAUCCUAAAAAGUUUAUGUAAACGUUCAAUCAUAUUCAGUCUUUAUCAAGUAAUUCACUUUGAUUUGUUUGCAGGGCUGCUAUAUGACUGUGAUUAGUCAUCUUCUAUUCAUCUUGAUUUGCUUGUGGAGUGUUUCUAAAUCUUCCCACUCAAUAAUUUGUUCAUUCCACACUUUUCAAUGCAUAUCCCUGUCACUUUCCUAACUGCAGAAAGUCAUUUUUUUAAAAAGUGGAUUUGUUGUGUUAGGACAGUAGAACAGUUUAAAUUAGGCAUGGGGAGAAAUUUGGUGUGAUUGAGAUUUUAAUGUGCACGUAUGUAAUUUGCACGUUCCUACACAAUAUGCAAACAGGAACCACAUCCGUCCUUUGAAGCUGAAUUUUGUGGUGCAGUUCUCUAACCAAAUGUCUACAAAAAUACGUACAUUAGUGAAAUUAAAAUGCACUGAAUUGGGGGAAAUUGCUUGCAAAGGCGCAUAUUAAGAGAAAUCCUGAUAAAUUUUCAUGAGGACUUUAAAAACAAAUCUAAACUGAUGUAGAAAUGUGGAGAAUUGAUGACCGAAGGAAUGAGAAGCUGGGAGAAACAAAACAAAAAAGGACUUAUCUGUCUAUUCUGAGCUAUAAUCCACUUUAAUUGCACAACCCUAAAUUUCCCAGAAUGCACUGGAAUCCUUGUCAGAAAAUAUUGACAAUCUGGGGGCAUCCUUAAUUAUCGGUUCAUUCUUCUUUAGGAGUCCCAGCGUAAAUGUUUCGCCGCCAUUCUAGAGAGCAGGGGCCAGCUUGUGGGUGCAGAGAAUGUAGUUUUUGUGCAACCGGGUCUCAUUACACUUGAGCUUCCUGUUUAUUCCACAGGAAGCAGAAGAUCUGCUGCGGCAGAGAACUAAGACAGUUGUCACUCACGGUGCUUUUGCGAGCUCUUUAGUACCCAGAGCUUCAGAGCAGCCAGAUGCCUGUGUAGGAGCCUCAGCCCAAGACAGAAAAACCAGCAAAGGUAUGUUUCCUUGUAUGAUGACAAACAUCACUUGUACUCACCGCAGCAAAGAACCUGAAUUUAUUUUGGAAGGAAAUUUCUGCUCCGUGUUAAAUUGUGAAUUUAUGCAAAUGUUAAAUUAUUAACAAGACUGCACACUUAUGCAGACUAGGUGUGUAUAGGAUUGCCCUGUAAAUCCCAGUGGAACAAAUGAAUUUUGGUGAGCUAGCCAGUGCAGUCCUUCCUAUACACAUCUGCUCUGAAGUAGUCACACUUCUAAAGGAAGUCUCACUAUAUUCAGUGGUGAUUGCUCCCAGGUAAGUGUGUAGGGAAUCAAAGCUGCAUUGCUUUCGAUGAGAUAUGCAGGAGAAUCCAAUGCAUGGAAGGAACUGUGUCUUGUGGGACUUACCUUUGCACAGGACUGCAGCCUUGCUGUGCGAUCCUGCGCAUCUCCCCUGAGAAGCAAGCCCCAUUGAGUUCAAUGGGACUGGUUCCAAGCUAAGUUGUAACCUGAGUCACAAGCCUUAGAAAUCAGGGCUGGAUUUAGGUUUGAUGAGGCCCUAAAGCUAUUGAAGGUAAUGGGGCCCAUUAUAUGUCCAGCUGUCCUUUGCCAACAACAAAUUGUUGCUGUUUUUUGAGUUGAAUAUAUGCUAUAUGGUAAUUUAUGGACCUAAUAGGUAUCUAAAGCCAUUUGCACAUGUUGCCGUGCAACCAGUCCAUGCAGAAUGCAGGCACCCUAUAUAUAGAAAUGAGCAAACCAGUGAUAUUUUAGGGAGCAGAUGGGGCUCAUUACUUACAGCAUAGGAGCCUACACAACACAAAACACUGUUGCAGUAUGUAGGUUUUAUUUUAUGUUUUUUUAUCUUAUAUUUUGGAAAUGUACUUCCAGUUUUUUUCCCCUUUAAAUUUUUUGGGAUCCCCAAGAGAGUGGGGCCCUAAGCUAUAGCUUGUUUAGCUUAAUACAUAAAUCUGGCACUGUUAGGAAUGCAGCCUUAAUCACAGCUAACUUUUGGUGUGGAACAUGAUCUUGAGGAAUGGACGGCUCAUUUAUUUUACGACGUGUUUUGUGCAGACUUUUGUGAUAUGGCGCUUUUAAGAUGUUUCGGAGAUUGUUCCGCAUACAUAAUUUUUAAUAUACCUGCUGCUAUUUUGAUAUUUAUUUUCUACUCUGCUUCAUAAACAUUUACUAGGAAGUGGUGUAUAAAUGCAUAAAUCUUGGUUUAUUUCUCAUCCUGCCUUAACCCAAAACACCCAGGGAGGAGCAAAAUGGGAGCCAAGACAUCUGUGCAGCCAUGGUAAGCCAUACUCUGGCAUACCAUGAUAUAUGAACCAUAAUGUUCUCUCUUUAUCCUAGCUCACUAGGAUAAAGGUGUUGUUGUGGUCUAAACCACAGAGCCUAGGGCUUGCCAAUCAGAAGGUCGGUGGUUCGAAUCCCUGUGACGGGGUGAGCUCCCGUUGCUCGGUCCCUGCUCCUGCCAACCUAGCAGUUUGAAAGCACACCCGUGCAAGUAGGUAAAUAGGUACCACUCCGGCGGGAAGGUAAACGGUGUUUCCGUGCGCUGCUCUGGUUCGCCAGAAGUGGCUUAGUCAUGCUGGCCACAUGACCCGGAAGCUGUACGCCAGCUCCCUCGGCCAAUAAAGCGAGAUGAGCGCCGCAACCCCAGAGUCGUCCAUGACUGGACCUAAUGGUCAUGGAUCCCUUUACCUUUACCUAGAGGAGGCAUAAGCAGCUGAGUUGAUAUUAUAAUGAAUAUUUAUUCAAAUGAAGUAGCCUUAACUUAGAUGCUAGAGGGCAUUGCUCAUUCAGUAAAAUGAAAUGGCCCCCAAAUGAAAAUAAAUGCAGCGUUCAGGCAUGGCACUUUCGUUCAUUUCCUGUUGCAUUAGACUGGAGGGAGGACAGUAGCUCAGACACAGCUUCAGAAAACUUACCCUGUUGUAAACUGAAAUCUGCCUGUCCCACGGAAGAAGCAGGGCUGAGGGAGAGCUCACCUCACCGCCCCCUUGUGGUGGCCUUGUGAUUUUGUGAAGCGAUUUUGUAAUAAUAACAAUAACAAUAACAAUAACAAUAAUAAUAAUAAUAAUAAAAAUUGUGAUGCAAUUUCAAGGGUCGCUCAGAUAGAAUCGGACUGAGAUCCUUUGAUUCUCGCUCUUCUCUCUGGAAAAUGCAAUGGGCGAAAAUUUCAAGCUAACACAUUUAGGUCUGAGAACCAGAAGAGAGGCUUGCAACAUCGUUGUUCCUCCAGCAGCUCCUGCAUCUGUCACCAGAGACAGGGGCUAUGGGAGACAUCAGCGGCAGCCACUCUAUGAGGAAGUCAUGGCUUGCAUGGGGAAAACAUUUAGCUGCUUCAGAAUUCAGCUCUAGGCCAGGAAACUCGGCUGCAGAAUGGAGCUUUUGUUGAAACAUUGGGGAACCAGGGGAAGAAAUAUAUACAUUUUUUUGCCCUGCUUGCAUCAUUAUCUGUUUUACUGUGUUUGCAACUUGGGUUAGUAGAUGGGGUGGUGUAUAAACAAACACUCUCUUUCAACUCUACAAUCAUAUUGACUCAAAUUUAAAAAGAGUAAAGAAAGCAAGAAAAUCAUCUCUAGAAUGUAUAAUUUACUUCUUGAAUGGGAAAUGAAAGAUGAGGUUAUAAAAGAAACGGCCAUUAAAUGGUCGCAAGACAUAGGCCAGACAAUCUAGCUGAAUAGAUAGGAAAGGUUGUGGAAAACAGAUAGAGAUUUUACAGCUUGCUGUCUAGUAAAAUAAAAUACAAUGAAAAUGUGUUAUCGAUGGUAUCUCACCCCAGUAAAAUCAGAAAAAAAUUAUAAAAAGCAUUCAAAUCUCUGCUGGAAGUGCAAGAAAGAGGUAGGGACAUUAUACCAUAUGUGAUGGGGGUGUACAGUGGUAAGACAAUUUUGGAACGAGAUGCAUGAGGAGAUCAAAAAGAUCCUCAGGAGCUCUAUUUAAAAAAAAACUCCCAGAGUCAUACUUAUUGAGUUUAUUAACAAACGACAUACCCAAGGACAAAAGGAAUAUAUUUUUGUAUAUAACCGCAGCCUCAAGAAUACUUAUGGCAAAAUAUUGGAAAACAGAAAAAGUACCACAAAUGGCAAGUUAAGAUUUGUGAGUUUGACAAGAUGCCAAAAUGAUGGCAUCAGUCAGCGGCUUCUCCAAUCAAAAAUUCUAUACAGAAUGGGAAUGCAUAUGGGAAUACAUGAAGAAAUAUGGUGUUAAAGCAGAACUCUUAAUAGGCAAUUGUUAAGCGUGUAAGGACAAAAUAAGUAAUUAUAAUUUAUCAGUUUUCAUGUUAUUCUAUUUUGUUAAAGCAACUAGAAAAAAAUAUUAUGAUGGGAAGAUCUCACACAGGUGAAGGGAAGCAGUGGGGAAGAGGGGAGUGUUAGGUUGAAUUUGGGAAAUAAAAUAAUAUAUGGGACAGCAAAGGAUAUAAUAGAUUCUUAUAGAAUAGUAAUAUUGUGUAACCAGAAUAGAAGUUCAAAAGGGGAAGUAAAUGUAUUUUUAGUAUUUUCAUUAUUGUAAUAGUUAUUAUUAUUUCUUAUCGGUAGAAGGCAAUGUUAACUGGGACUUCGUUUUGCCAUCUGUUUAAUUUUCUUAAGUCAAUAUUUUUUUUAUUAUUAUUAUUUUAAAAGCGUAGAAAUCUUAUGUGAUCAUGGCCACAGGUCUAUGCAGCAGUGGGACAGGGGAAUUUGAUUCAGUUUGUGUUUAAAGGCAAACCUAUCUAUUUCACAUUUUCCGAAACAAAACUGAAACGCAGCCAUCAUUUUAAAUUUGUACUUCUCCCAGUUUUGCAAUGCAGUUCUUCAGCCAGGUAAUGUGUGCAAAAGUGCAUAUUCUGGGGGGGGCAAAGUUUGCAUAAAAACGCACAGAUUAAUGAAAGUAACAGACAGAAAAGCAUCACAUUCGGGGAAAGUGCUUUGCAAAAAUGCGCACAUGGGGCAAAAUUGCAUACAGAAAUGUGUGCAUUAGGAGAAAUUCACACUAAAACUCUAAAGAAUUUUCAGAAGGACUUUUAAAAAAGAAAUUGCAAAGUGAUGCGGAAAUGAGAACUAAGCUUGAGACUAGAACAAUGAGAAACUUAAAGACAAUAAAAUUGACUUGUUGAUUCCUAUCUGUGCGAAAUCUUGGAAUGAAAUGAACAUCCCUUCUUCACUGUUAACCAUUAUGGUACAUUUACAGGAAUGCACGAUGUUCCUGUUAAAUCACAUUUUUCCCCCGAUACAGGGAAGACUCUUUCACCAGCUCAGCGGCCUGUGCUCAGAAGGCAGGCACGGGUAGAUUAUAGCCUUGAGGCUACAACUGAAGACCCUUGGGUUCGAAUUUCGGACUGCAUCAAAAGCUUGUUUAACCCCAGCAUGUCAGAAGGUAGCUGCCCCUUAAACCUGCACCCGACCAUUGAUCCAAAUGAAGGGAACCAAACCUCUAGCUGCUCAGAAGCAGCCCUGCAGAGGUCAGACACGGAAGAGGGCGACUCAAAGGCACCCAGGUCAUCCGAUGAAGGCGACUUUGCUAAGAAAGGGCCGCCAGUAGCCCCUAAGCCAGCCUGGUUUCGUCAGAGCCUCAAAGGGUUGAAGAAAGGAAAUUCGGAGGCAGCAGCCGUCAGAAGCACCGCUGAGCACCAGAGCGUCUCUGACAACGAAGUGGGUUCUACUUCGAAGAUAAUCCGGGCCUCGCCUAGAGGCUCGUCAAUAAAGCAAAGAAUAAGCUCAUUUGAAAGUCUGGGCACCCCUCAGUCUCCAGAAAGAGGAAACAGAAAACUUCUAUCAAUGCAGAACGAAAGAUCUUCCAGUAGGAGGGAGCCAAACUCGGCCGCAGUUCAUCCUAAACAAGUUCCCAGUGAGAGUGUUGGCUUUCAAGGUCCUGAACACAGCCACUUUCAGCCAUAUCCGGAUGCCACUGGCCCAGAUUCGCUGUCUUGUUCAAGAGGAGACUGUGCCCCAAGUCCAAAAGCAUGUAGCGGUAUCCCCACUGAAUCUUCCUUGACAUCAACACCAUCACAAGGCACGGAGCCCAUCUCACAAGUCGCCAAAGCACCCAGCAAAAGAGCCCGGAGUUUCCCACUUACCGCAGCCCAAUCUUGCGAGAUGCAGAAAAUGGAUGGGGAGAAAUGCAGCAAGAUCUAUUCCAUCAGCAACCACUUCUCAUCAGCGCUAAUGAAAUCGUUGCAUUCCCUUCCUCAGUCCCCGCUGUGUUCUGGGAAAAACCCACGGAGGCCACACAAUGGGUCACCAACCCCCCAAACAGAAGAAAAUGGGACAACUCUCGUGCAGACGCAUGAAGCUCAUUCUUCGGAUACCAGCUUUUCUCUUAAGUAAGACCUUCCUACUUGGUAUUUUUAAAUGUGUGUUUCUGAUCAGUGAGCAAUUUCCUGUGUGCCAUCUGUUGCUCUACCGGGAUUGGGGAUCUAGGGCCCUUCAGAUGUAUGGUGGACUCUCAUCUUCCACCAGUCCCAGCCAGCAUGGCCAAUGGGCAGGGAUGAGGGAACCCUCCGACAACAUAUGGAGAGUUACAGGUACUUUACAGGUACUUUACAGUUUAGGCCAGAGAUGGGCAGAUGACAGCCCCCCACAAGCCACCUCUGGGUCCCAUAUCCUGGCUUGAUCUCCCUAUCACAUUUUAAUCAGUGUUUACUCUGAGUUUCAUUCAUAACGUUUCCCAAACUUGGGUCUCCAGCUGUUUUUGGACUACAACUCCCAUCAUCCCUAGCUAGCAAGACCAGUGGUCAAGAAUGAUGGCAACUGUAGUCAAAAAAACAGCUGGAGACCCAAGUUUGAGAAAAACUGAAUAUUUUCAGGUUCAGAAGGGGGAGGGGAGUGUCCCACACUUCAUUGCCACAUCCCUUUGGGGAUUUUGUCGUUUUGCAUCCAGUGUUAGCCCUAUUCAGAGUAGAUCCAUUUAAAUGAAUGGCUCUAAGGCCUCAUCGGCACUAUAUAUUUAAAGGAGUACCGUACCACCUUAAACAGUCACGGUUUCCUUCAAGGAAUCCUGGGAAGUGUAGUUUGUUAUGGGUCCUGAGCAUCGUUAGAAGAUCCCUGUCUCCUUCACAGAACUACAGUUCCCAGAGUGCCCUGGGAAGACAGACUGAUUGUUAAACCGCUAUGUGAAUUGUAGCCCUUAACAAACUACAAUUCCCAGGAUUCUUUGGGGGAAGAAUCGUUGAACAAGUGUGAGAAUGGAUUUUUAAAAUAGUAAAUAACAGGCACAAGACCCCCAAUCCAGAUCAGAACCCACCCCCCACCUGCAGCUUGCAUUGGUAGAAAAGUGCCACAUGGACAUACGAGAGAACAUCUCUCCCAAUGCAAAGAACAGGUGAAGGGGACUUAAUUUGGAUCAGGCGCCAGGGGGACGAUCAAGGGGUAAAGCCUUCCCACCACCCCACCCCAAGUUCCAAUUUGGAUCAGGUCCUUUGUGCUUACUUUGAUAAAUGUAAAAAGUACGUAUUUGCUAAAGGAAUUUGGACAUCGAAGUCAUUCUGGGAAUGAAAAGCACAUUCAUAAUAAACCCACUGCAGUAGACACAACAGCCUCUGGUGUGUGAUGGGUCACAGGGCAAGUUUACUAUGAUAAUUUGGUGUUUCUUGUUUCCUAUUCCACAAUCGGACAGCCUCUCUGAGCUGAGAGACUACAGUGCAAGUAGGUCAGGCAGCGAAAAGGAGGGAAACAUGAGGGAGCGCUCUUCUCCUCAACCUUUAGGCGCCUCCUCAGGACAGGCUGUCAUAUCGCUGCUCACCCCUGAAGAACUGGAGAAACUCAUGGAGGAGGUGAAGUCCUUAGACGAGGCAACGUUAAAGGUAAGUCUCUUGCUAUGGACACUUCCAGUUUCCCCAACCCCAUCCAUGUUCAGUGGUUUUCAACUAUUGGGUUAGGACCAGGCCUGGAUUUUCCUUUUACUGUGGAGCAUUUGAUACAUGUUGUUUAGUCGUGUCCGACUCUUCGUGACCCCAUGGACCAGAGCACGCCAGGCACUCCUGUCUUCCACUGCCUCCCACAGUUUGAUCAAACUCAUGUUGGUAUCUUUGAGAACACUGUCCAACCAUCUCAUCCACUGCCGUCCCCUUCUCCUUUUGUCCUCAAUCUUUCCCAACAUCAGGGUCUUUUCGAGGGAGUCUUCUCUUCUCAUGAGGUGGCCAAAGUAUUGGAGCAUCUAAGUAUUGAUACAUAAGGGUAAAGGGACCCCUGACCAUUAGGUCCAGUCAUGGCCGACUCUAGGGUUGCGGCGCUCAUCUCGUAUUGGCCGAGGGAGCCAGCGUACAGCUUCCGGGUCAUGUGGCCAGCAUGGCUAAGCCGCUUUUGGUGAACCAGAGCAGCGCAUGGAAACGCCAUUUACCUUCCUGCAGGAGUGGUACCUAUUUAUCUACUUGCACUUUGAUGUGCUUUCAAACUGCUAGUUUGGCAGGAGCAGGGACCGAGCAACGGGAGCUCCCCCCCGUCGCCGGGAUUCGAACCGCCGACCUUCUGAUCGGCAACUCCUAGGCUCUGUGGUUUAACCCACAGCGCCAUCCGCAUCCCAUUGAUACAUAGAAGCGGCCUAUUAUAUGCCUUGCAAGCCACCACUGGUGUGGAAGGUUGUUAGAGUACUUUAAAACGGUGGACGGUUGUCACGUGUGGGGUGACGUUUUGGCAGCGGGGGCUGGUGACCAUUGGAAGGUAGGGAGCCCAACAGGUGCAGCCACAGCCAAUGACAGGAGGAGCCAGUGUGAUCUAGUUUUGUCCUCAUCCUUCUCCUCGUUGACUUCAAGCUGAUGGACAAUGCCACUCCCUGAACUGCUUGGGAGUGAAAAGGCAGGUGGGGGCAGGCUGUGGGUGGCACAGAAGGGCCCUAGUCACCCUAAUUGAAUCAUCCUUGGUCUCUAACACAGCACCAGUGCUUCUGUUUGCUCCUUAUCUGAGCAUAACCUAGCCAUUUUAUUUCCAACAGCUUAAAAUGCAUGAGUGUGCCUAUUUCCACCAACUCCCGCCCUCUGAAGGCAUAAAGAGCAGGCCCUCUUGGAGAACCAGAGGGCCACUUUCAGCUGUUCAGGCAAAUAAAUAAUAAUAAUGACAAAGAAAAACAAAAUAAUCUAUAUGACUUAACAACAACAACAACAACAAAGUAUUUUACGAAAGCACGUCUCUUAUUUGUUUAAAUUUGCAGCUCUAAGCUGAUAGAGUCUGUCACCUUUUGGACUGACGCACAAGUUGCAAUGCUGAUCAAAUACCAAAAAACAAACAAACUAACCAACCAACCAACCAACCAGUGUUGAAAUUGGAGACCUGCUUUGCACUUGAGGCCUAGGCCAAAUUAUCCUCUACAGUGGUACCUCUAUUUUGCCCUUUGGAUGCAAUCCUAACAACCCCACUUACCUUGGGGUUAGCUCCACUCAAUUCAGUAGUGCUUACAUAUGAGUAGACAUGGGACUUUUUAUUUUAUUUUUAAGGUGCACUUGCACAGAUAAAGGAAUAUUUGUGUGGGUGCCCAAAACAGAAAAAGGAAGGAGGUGAUGGGAGAAAGAGUGUAAGUGGGGGGGGGGAGAACACCUCCAGAAACAUUCCAUGAAGUUCCGUCUGCCCAGCCAAACCUCCACAACAAAAGGUUGUGGCUCUGUUUCCAGCAGUGUAGUACUGCUUGUUUCUGCAGCAAAGACACCACUGGGAGAUAGGCUGCAGGGAUGAUGGGAACCUGGUGUCAUCCAGACUCCAGUUCCCAUCAGCUGCAGCCAGCAUGGGCAGUAGAGUCGUGGAUGAUGGGAGCUGGAGUCCACCAUCCCCGAGAGGACCACAGGUUUCCUUACCCUUGACCUUCCAUAUGGGCAAAUGUGGCAAAGCUAAAGCCUCUAUGAAGUCUGCUUCACUGGCACCGCAAGGGUGCCCACACACAGAGCAAUCUUCUUGCAAAGGAAGGCUCCUGCUCCAUUAAUGAGCCGAAGAGGAGAUUUCAGCCAAAAGAAGCUUGUCACAUUAGAGACCUGCUCCAGCCCGCUAUUGAGAGCAUAGGCACUCUGGCUGUCAGCCCUCCUCCUCCCAUUGUGUCUGUGCAUCCUGCCACUGCUUUGACCGAGGUCCACUUUGUUCUCCUUUUGCACAGCAACUCAGCGACAUUCAUGUCACAAUUCUGCACAAAGAAGAAGGCGCUGGUCUUGGUUUCAGCUUGGCAGGCGGAGUAGACCUAGAAAACAAAGCCAUUACCGUAAGUUAGCAGGGGGUUCCCCCCCCCAACCCAAAGGGCACAUACUCUCAUGGAUGACCUUCCUGGGGAGCUACAUUCCAGUGGUGGGGAGGGCCAAAGGAAAAGGGGUGUGGCCAGUGACAAAAGUGGGUGGAGCUCUUACUUUUGUACAUGCGAUAGGCAAUAUUCCGGCUAUACAGAACUCAGAGAUUUCAACAGGCUCAGUUCAAGGACACAGUCUAGCCAGACAGCAGCAUCUGCAGAGGGCAUGGUGCAUGACUGAUGAGGGGUGUGGCCCUGUGGAGAUUCCUGAGGGCCAGAUAGAGAAGCCUGGGGGCCGCAUUUGGCUCCAAGGUCUGAGGUUUCCCACCUCUGCCAGAAGCAAUCUUGUUCUGUUAGGCUUUUCAUCCCAAGGCAUAUGAAAAGCUAUGGGCAUGAAGAACGCAGUUCGCUCAUUAGCAAAUUAUAACAUUUCUGAGCAUAGAUUUCCAAGUCUAUGAUUGCAUCUGACUGCUGGCUGUAGCAAGAUCCUGAGCUUCGGGCAGCAAAAUGUAUUGGGCCAGCACUGGCAGGGACAUUGCAAGUUAAAUGACUUUCUACACCCUCCAGUUUUUUUAAUGUGUGGAGACGGAACAGAUUUGCUAAUUUGGGCUGGGAGGUUUGCAGGUCCCAAGACCUGGAUGGCUUUCAAAGAGGACCUGGCAAAUUCAUGGAGGAUGCAUGGCUGUCUGAUAUGUCAAAUUGAAAAUGCCACACAUCUUUGUUUUAUGCAUGCGAUUGUGUCAUCUAACAGGUCCACAGAGUUUUCCCCAGUGGGCUUGCGUACCAGGAAGGAACUAUUCAGAAAGGCGACGAGGUCUUAUCGAUAAAUGGGAAGUCGCUCAAAGGCACCACUCACAAUGAAGCACUGGAGAUCUUGCGAAAUGCCCGGCAUCCGAAGCUGGCAGUCAUCGUCACGAGAAAACCCAAAGAGGCUGAAAGGAGCCCCAAUGUGUCCAUUACAUCCUCUGUAUCUAUAGGAAGUGAAACUUCAAUGGAGUCUAGUGAGUUAUUUGGUAACAAGGCUUAAAUAAGCAGUAGGGUCAGCCAGUGCUAUUUUUCUAGAAAAAGAGGUGCCAGAACCCACCAUGAAGCCUUCCCUUGUUCUCAUAUACAGUUGUACCUCGGGUUAAGUACUUAAUUCGUUCCAGAUGUCUGUACUUAACCUGAAACUGUUCUUAACCUGAAGCACCACUUUAGCUAAUGGGGCCUUCUGCUGCUGUGACGCCAGAGCACGAUUUCUGUUCUCAUCCUGAAGCAAAGUUGUUAACCUGAAGCACUAUUUCUGGGUUAGCGGAGUAUAUAACCUGAAGCGUAUGUAACCUGAAGCGUAUGUAAACCGAGGUACCACUGUAAUGGGAAUGGCGCCCACCUGAGAGGUGCCAGUACUGAGUUCUGGUGAGUUCCGGCUGAAAAAAGCCCUGGGGUCAGAGAUGGUGAACUUCAGCCUGAGGGCCACAUUCCCUUCUGGGUAACCUUCCAGGGGCCACAUAGUACUGCUGGGGCCAGAUUCUUCCCAGGUGUACUUGGAGACGCACGCUCUCUACCACUGAGCUUCAGCCCAUCCAAACCAACACAUCCCCCUCUGACGAUAUUAUUUCUCCACACAGCAUCUGAAGACCUGAUCUUCACAGUUAUACUGGAGAAGACAUCUGCAGGUUUGGGUUUCAGUUUAGAAGGAGGGAAAGGCUCCAUCAACGGAGAUAAGCCUAUCAUUGUCAACAGACUUUUUAAAGGUAUGUAAUGGCAGCAAAAUAGUUGAGCGUUAUUCUUUUUCAGACACUGUGAUGCUCACAAAGGGGAUCUUUGGUUUGCAGAGGAGGGAUGGCGAACCUGUGGCCCUCUAGAUAUUGUUGGUUUUUCAGUCUCAGCUAGGAUGGCAAACAGUAGGGGAUGAUGGGAUUGUAGUUCAACAUCUGCAGGGCCACAGGUUAUCCACCCUUGGCAUAGAGGCUCAACCCCAGGGAUGUAUUAAACCCCUCUGACCCUAGCAAACAGCACAGAUGUACUCAUUUAACUUGGACACGCACAGCAUGUACUUUCCCCAAGGCGUUCAGGACCUAACAUGCAAGGUAAUGUGCCCUAUCAAACUCUUUACCUAGAGAGCAGAAAGGCUUAUUUCCAAACAUGACACAUUUAGGACCGUCUGUCUUGAGAGAAUCACAGCGCCUGCUGUGGCUGCAGAGACCAGUAACUCGUAACUGGUCUUGCACUGGUUUGCUGCAUUUGCAGCACCGAAGUGACCUCUCCAGGGCGAAAGCUUAGGCAGUGUGUAUGGAGGUCUUGGGCUGCCUGGACAAGAUCCCCCUCUCAGCCUCACUGAAAGCAGAGUAAUACAUUUGGCCCCAGCUUGGCUGCAGAAGUUGCUGGAAGGAGGUGUACAAGGCACCAUCCAACCGUCUUAUGGACUCCACUCUGGAGUUGUGUAGGGUUUACUCCUCAGCCUUUUCUUCUCCCAAAGAUGUCCUGCACUCCAUUAAAAAAAAUAUAACUUUGCACUGAAUUUCUGGCCCAAUAAAAGCUGGAGUUUGCAACCUUUAGUGGCGAUCACACAGGGUCCCCAGAUGUUUAACGGUCUAUUGAUCCACCACUGUGCUCCCUUCCCCGCUUGUCACCAACCAGUUACUCUCUGGUAAAACACUGAGUCCAGUCAGUUGUUAAAAGUGAACCAAAAAACAAGUUUAUUUUACAAACAUUAACAAGUUUAUGGUUUCUCAGAUAAUAUUCCUGUCAGUAUCUUAACUUUAGUUUCUUUACCGGCCUAUACCUUCCUAAUACCUUCUGACUGAUUAUCUCAACUGUUUGACUGACUCCUCUUAACAAAUUCUCUCCUUCUGUCACACCAGACUAGCCCAAUCCACAGACUUAUCCUCUCUGUUUCUUCUAACUCCAGACCAUCUUCUCAACCGCCCUAACUCUAACUCCUCCAAAAACCCUCUGUGCUUAAACCUUAUACACUGUUAACUCUGCCCGCUGGGGUUCCCAUUGGUUAGUCAUUUUACAAUAAGUUAACCCUUUCUUUAUGAACCCAGUAUGAUGUCACACACCUAGGAGGGCAAACGCCACACCUUUACACUGGUAACAUUUGCAGAAUGUCUCUUAUGUGUAUUUUUGCCUCUGGCCCAAUGGUCUCAAGCACAAUGGGAAUUGUGGUACAAUGAGACGUAUAGGUCACUAUGUUGGCAAUCCCUGCAGUUAGGAAUGGGAACUACUGGUUGUGCCAAAGGCUUCAUUGGAAGAGGUGGCUUGGUUCUCCAUGUGUUUGUACUGUUUCCCAUAUACCAUAUUCUCAUAAGCCGUCUAUUGUACUCCUUUUGCUUCUUUUAGGGGCGGCAUUGGAACACAGCCCCACAGUUCAGCCUGGGGACGAGUUGUUACAGGUGCACACAACUCUGAUGCAAGGACUCACUCGUUUCGAAGCCUGGAACAUCAUCAAGACGUUGCCCGAUGGACCGAUUAAUGCUGUCAUCAAGAGAAAAAACUCCAUCAGCAAAACUACGGCAUCUCUCCAUGGAGAGGAGUGA